AAUGAACAGUUAACAAAUGCAACCUUUUCACUGAUGCCCUAAAUUCCUUUGUCACUUAGUAACAGCCUCUACAAACUACGCCUCCACGCCUGACCUAAGUUACAUCAUAUUGCCAAUGUUGUGGAAUAAUCUGUUGUUGAAUGUGUACAGAGAAUUGGUUAUAAGAUCCAUGAUAUUAUAAUGAAUAAUUAUAAUUUUUUUACUAAAUAAGUGACAAGGUUUAUUUAGUGAAAAUAUCAUGUCAGUGCAGAGAGCAAAAUGAAAAAUAAGUUCACGUGCUGUGCUUGGAUGGAGAGACAUGUCACUACGUACCUUCUUAGCUUCUUAACACUGCUAAUGGGAAUAGUGACGACUUCUAUCUCCCCACUCGGCUGCAGGAGACCUUGGUGUCUGCCAGGAGAUAGCUUUCCAGUGGAAAACUUUCUACAGCAAGCUGGUUCUUACUAGUCAUCUUGUCAGUCCUCCCUAAGGCAUCGUUGCCUUGGGGCAGGUUUGGGGCAUGAUCACACCUUUCUAAAUCUGUGGAAUUUUAGUAGAAGUAGCUCAGGUUUGUAUCCGUGUUACUGUCCAGAAGCUUGUCUGUUGAUUUCAGUAGGAAUUUACCUGGAAAAAAGUGUAUCCUUAGGCAGCUGAAUUUUAACUGUUCAGGAUCAGCUGAAUGCUUUAUGUUAGCAGGUUAGCAUACCUAAGUGUGGGCUUAAUUUGCUUUUCUCUUUUCCUCAAAAUUAAUGAUUUCUUUAAGUUUAUUGUUCAGAGUUCUGGUUUCUUCAUUUCUAAGUAGGUGAAGAUGCUCAUCUGUGUCUAAUGUUGUGGUACACAUUACAUAGAGAAUGCUGAGAGUUAAUGUAAUGUGCAGAUGGGAUGGAGAUGGUAGUGCUGGGAGUCUUUGUGACACGGAAACAAAAGCACUGAGUUCUUUCGAGGGAGAUUUUACCUGCUAGAAAAAGCGCUGCAGAACGCCUGUCCAGCUUUGGGUAAUAAAAGUACAUUUGAAAGUGAAAGCAAAUUGGUGCUGCGAGCGGGGGGGAACAAACGCGAGGUUCAAACGGCGGAGCAGCCACGCAGUGGGCUUUGAGUCGCUGGGGUUUGGGAGGGAUUCCUGCCCCAAGCGGCGCGUUGGGACGGGGCCGCGCUCCGCUGGGCCGGGGCUCCGGGAGCCACGGGAGCGCCCGGUCCCCGGGCGAGCGGGGAGCGCUGGGCUGGGCUGCGCCGGGCUGGCAGCCCCGGGGGACCCGCGGGAAGGAAGGAAGGAAGCGGAUCACAGCGUAUGAAGUCUGAGAUGUGACAGCUUUUGCACUGGAGGCAGCUGUGUGGGGUUACCUGAGGACAAUGUCUGGCUCUACUGGCUGAUUGCUAAGAGCAUUAAAAAAAAAAAAAAAAAAAAAAUCAUCCAAUUAAUGGGGGCACCUCCUAAACAAACCAGAUAUCCCUUUCACCAUGCAGUCCCUGUUGAGAAGAAUAUAAUUUUACAUUAACUACACUGGAUAAGUAAGAAUUUGUUAUGUUCUGACUUUAUCCAGGAAAUUCCCUUUUAACCCAAUUGUCUCUAUUAAGUGUGUCAGCUCUUCUUUCAAAAGCUCUGCUCUGCAAAGGCAAAUUAGUAUAUUAAUGCGGAAGCACAGAAUUUUAAGACAACGAAAAAUUGAGAAGCCCUUAUCCAUUUUUUCAGAAAGAGUUAUUUAUUACAAAAUAUUGCAAAAAACUCUGCUUGCGUACAGUUAUUUACUAAACUUAAAUUUCUUUUUGUUCAUAUUUACUUUCUCUUUUAAACCUUAACAGCAGAAUUAUACUUGCCACUUUCAUUUUCUUUAAUGUACUUUAAUUUUCUUUAAAGUUGAUUUAAAGUUUCAUUUUCAGAUUCUCAUCUAAAUAUUGAAAAUCUAACCUGAAAGUACCUCCUAAGACUGAUCUACUCUUCUUUGCCCUCUUCUUAAAUUAUGCAUAACAUAAACUUGACAAUAGUCAGGUUUAAUUCUGAAACGCUUUAUUUAUGGCAGUGUAAUUCAAAGCCUAAGGGAAAACAGUUAAUCUUAUGUACAAUUAGCAUAUAGCUCUUUAGAUGAAGUUCAGUGUAUUUCCCUCACAAAUGAGCAUCGGGGAGCCAGGUCCACUGCUGUCUUCUUGAAACCUCAACCUUAAACUCUUGGCUACUUCACAGCAUCCAGGAUGGGCCCUACCUAGUCUCUUGGAAGCUCUCCUGUUUCCAAGGCACUUGUGUAGGUAGGUAUGUUAGCCAUGGGAUAUAUUAUUUAUACACUGGUUUUAGAGCUGUCAGAGGAAAAUCAGUUUUAGGGAAGAAGGGAGCAGUGCUCUUGAAGUGGGGUUUUCAGCUUUCACAUGCUGUUUGUUUCCCCAUCCUAUUUUGGAUUUUGAGAGUGCUGUCUUUUGUGGAGAACAUAGUCAGUGCUCCAGAAAAAUGGACGUGAGGUGUUUGGGAAGAAAAGUUAAAUAAUUUUUAACAUGAACUCACAAUCAGUUUGGGCAUAUGGCACUGUAGGAGAGUGUGUAUAAUGUGUGUGUGUGUGUGUACAAUAUUCCUAAAGAUGAUGGAGUGGUUUCAGUAUGUUUCUAAUUUGCCUGCUUCUUAGCAGUAGAUGUAGGAUAUGCAUGACAUAAAUGCAUUUUAUUAGGAGUUGUUUGAUGCCUCUGAUGUAGUUUGUGCUCUUAACAUGUUGUUUUAAAAUGCUUAUUUGUAUGUGAAGAAUUGUUAACGCAUUUUAUCAUACGAUGGUGUGGAUUUGUGGGAAUUCCAUGGUUUUCUACAAUAUCACUGCAUCAUAUGAAAUGCACACAGUUCUUCUAAACACAGUGAAACAUUUAUGAUGUGAUGUUAAUCUUCAUUUUGGGGCCCCAAAAUUGUUUUCAUUCAUGUAAGAAGUAGCCAGACCCAAGGUGAUUUUAACAGAUGAUGCAUUUAUAUCCUAAAAUGGAUUCAAAGGGAUUCUUUAUCAUACUGUUCCAUCUCAGGUGUGUAAUUUUUUUUCUUCUGCUCCCAAUAUGGGUGUUCCUGUUUUGUAUUUCAGAACCUAGAUUUUCAUUUAGCAUUUAAUGUGCGUGAUUCAAGUCACUCCUUCUGUAUUUUAUGAAUUUUUUCCAAAUAUAGUAUUUCUCUGCCUACUGUUGAUUGAGCAGAAUGGGACUUGCCUACACAAAGUUUCUUAGGAAAUACAAUUUGCACAUCCAGAUUUCUGACUACACCCACUCUCCCCAUUAUUGCAAGGUGUUAAUCUACUUGUACCAUGGUUCUUGCACAGAUGCAUACAUACAUACCCUCUUUAAAAUUAGGCUGUGUACCGAAAUCCUUAUGGGAGAGCUAGGUCUGUAUGCUCACUGAAUAUUUAGCCCUUGUGGUUACUGCAACAGAGUUUUUGUGAAGACUCUUCCAUAUUUUUAGAAGGUGCUUUUAGUAAGCAGUUUAAUCUUAAGUAACAACUGAGGGUUUUUUUCACAAAUUUUAAUUUAAAACUAAUUUUAAAAUUACACAUCUCCUUUUUAACAGCACUUUGGAUUUGAGCAGUUCCUGUCCAGAAACCUAUCCUGGAGAAAAUGUUUUUAAUCAGGUUAAAAUGGAGGCAAGAUAGGAAAAAAAAAAAUGUUUGCUGUGGCGUGACUGGAACAGUGCUAAUGAGCUCUGCUCUAAUACAUGAAGGAACAUAUGGCCCCCAUCUGAAUACAAACUGGACACAAAGCAGUAAUUCAGCUGAGAUGUCCUGAAUAUUGUAAACUGGGUGAAUGUGGUUGAAGGUGUUUAUAAAUGGUGGCUGAAUCCCACACACUGACUCACUGCCUUCUAAUGUCCGGGGCUCAAGGUGCUGUUUGUAAGAGUAUAGAAAAUGACCAGUAGAGGGAAUUCUUAAUUAAUGCUAACAAAAUAGCAAACUGAAGUGUUAUGCUAUGAAGAAAAGACUUCUUGUGCUCAUGACGCAGCAAGAGACAGAUUAUGGAGAGGGCGAGUUAGGAGAAGAAAAAUCACAGGACAAGCAAAUUGAGUAUUUACUGGCAAAUAAUUGCUCUCUUAAGCUGUGGCUCUCUUCCUAAAUUCUUGGCAUUCCUGAGCACUAGAACCAUUUUCAAAAAAUGCAUCGUUACAGAGUAGAUGUAAAAAAACCUCUCAAAGGCUGAUGGUGCAGGCUUGUGCAGGUAAGAAUGUGUGCAUUACUGCCUAUGUUUCUUCUAAAGCUUUAGAUUGCCAUCCUUUACAGGACUGCUACUUUGCUCUGUCUCCGAUAGAACUGGUAUUUUGGUUUCACAGCUCUAUUUAGUCUGAAAGUUGGGGAAGUAAGGACUGCUUUUAGGCAGGCUGCAGUGUGUACUUUUCUGUUAGCACAGCGGAUGGACAAGGAAACAAAACAAGCUGGGAAAAAGUAUAUGGCCUGGUUUUAUUUUGUUUAAAUGGGUGCUGGCUUUUAUGGAGGUGCCUCUAAUUAAAAGCCUACACAUCAGCUUAAUGUGGGGCAGGAACUUACUGCCUGUAUGUGCUUUUAUUGCCACGCUGAUUUCACUGGAGGAAGGCUUGUGAGAUGCUGCAAGGAAGGAACUUUUUAUAAGGGACUCCUAGGGACUGCCUACAUCCCCAGGGCUUCCCUAGGUGGGGAUCCUCAGGGAAAUGAGACUUUUGGGAGCCCACUCUCUUUCCUCCUGUCUAUAGUUUGCCCACCUGUUUCCUACUCCUUUCCCUCCCAAAUUUCACCACUUUUAUCCAAGUUUAUUGGGUGAAAGUUUCCAGUAUAGCUGAGCUUCCACAUUUUUUGCAGUAGACAGCUGUGUAAAGGGGAAAAGUUGUUUUAACAGCUUCUCUGUGGGACAAGUGGCCUUAUAAUUAAACCCAAAAUUAUACAUCAGAUACAAAACCUUUAACAGAAGGGUUUUGUAACACAGGACGCUAAUUUGACUCUUCAGGAGCUGGCUCAAAUUUCUCAAAUUUACGGAGGUUGGUUUUUUUUUGGGGGGGGGGUUGCUGUUUUGGUUUGGUUUGGGUUUUUUUUUUGUUUAUUCCAUAUGCAGAAUUCAUUUUCUAAUACUAAAAAAGGGCAUGGAGAUGUAUAGGUAGUUAAGAAUACUUUGUCUUACAAUAUGACUCUUACUCACGUCUUAAUCAUCAAACAAAACUGUAACACUGCCAUUUUUUAUCAAACUGACAGAAUGCUGUCCCUCAUUUCUUCUCUCCACUUUAUCAUGCGCAUUAAAAGUAAUGGCUAAAAAAUCUCACUUCUCAGAAGUUAAUGAAAACAGCAUGUAUUCCUGAAGACCUGACAUGUUCCCUUGAUUUUAUAGGGGGUUAAUUUUGAUUGUACUGACACUGUUCAGGAGUGGUGAACAAGCUGAACACUUGAUUGAUGGGGGCAUAUGUGUAUUGGAGACACGGCUCUGGAAAGCCACACAGAAAGUGUCACAGAACCCAGUAUCAGAUCCUUCAGAAAAAUUUGCCAAGUUCCCCAUAAAGAAUAAUGGUGGUUUAACUUUUAACACAGGGGUAACUUCUCAUUAAUAGGUAUCAAAUUAAAAUUGACUUACGUAUUUAAACAUGGGCGGGUUUUAGUCCUCAUCAUUUAUUGUACCAUAAUUGUGGAUAUUCUGUUUAUUCAGUAUUAUGCUAACUAUUUCUGUAAUUAUAUUAUAUUUAUUAUUAUAAAGGCCUUUCUUAUUAUUAUUGCAAUAAUUAGUCUUUUUAAACUGAUAAAAUCUUGACCCAUCUGGGGUUUUGUGUACAGAGUACUGCAAGUUUAUUACAUAGUAUGUGAAUGAAAACUAAAAAUCCUUUUAUUGGUUUUAGUGUUCAGCCUUUUAAUGACUGUCCCCUCUUUUCUUGGGAAGACAGAUUUAUUUUCUCUGUGCAGUUUUAUUUAUAUCACUUCCACUGCAUUCAGUCUUCUUUGUUUUCUUUGUCAUUUUGACACUUUCUUAACUUUUCUCAUAUGAAAAGCUCUUGAGGGUUUUAAUGAGUCUUUUACUCUCUGAACCCUUUUUGUUUCUCCUCUAUCCUAUUUGAGACGGGGUGAUCAGCACUGACUGCAAAACCCAAAGCGAUGGCAUUACAGCAUCUUACAUAACCACAUUAUGGAAGUCUCAGAAGUAUUUCCUUUGGACCCCCUGUUGUUCAGUGUGAGGCCCAGAAUAGCCCCACUAAAUCCCUCCAUUUCAUUUUAUGUGUCGGCUUCUGUGUGCUUAUCGAGCUACAGGAGAUGGAAGCACUGCAAAUUAUUUCUUUAUUUCUCCUAACAGAAAGGCUAGCUACAGAAUCCUAUAGAAAGUGAGGGGUUUUAAAGUGAAGUAUCUAUGGAGAAGUAUCCUUGUACCUUGUGUGCAGCAAACUGGAAGGAUUCCAUAAGAUAGAGAUGGUUGACAUGGAAAGGAAGUACAGCUUGUUCUGUGGCUUCUAGACCAUCUGCAAGUGACUUGCAAUAGAUGAGAGGGUGCCAAAUAAAAGCACAAUUGUGAUAUAAUGGAGGUAUGAAUCAGUCAUUGGUCUACUCUUACUGGAAAAAGCAUGCAAAGCCCGGGACUGUUCCUUGGGUGGUACUAGGAUACUUCAUUCCUUUGAAACAUGUGUUUCAAGCCCUAGCUCCAGACCAGCAAUCACUUAAAAGUGUCUGGAAAAAAAAAGCUUUUUUUCCGUAUAGAUUGUCAAAUCUUAUCUUUCUAUUUCUCUAGAUAUAUAGAGGCAUGCUAUAGAAAUAUAUAAUAGAAAGUCCCUGGGUCACAGUAGAGCAUAUCAAGUUCACUUUUGCUGGAAGCAAAUGAGUUUUAUUCCUGCUUGUCUCCUUUCAGUUCACCCCCCUUCUCUCAUCUUUUACCUCCUAUUUUUGCCUCUCCCUGCCUUCUACUGGAAAUUUUCUUCUUUUUUUCCUUAGUCAAAAUUCUACCUGGCAUGGUAUAUUUUUCUAGUGUAAAUGAUCACUUUCAGCAUUGAGGUGAUAAAACAUAUUUUAUGCCUUCUUGGUUGCCCAAGAGAGAACAAAUAGAUUUUGAAAAGCAGAUGGUUGACUAGAGAGCCCUAAGGUAUCACAGAGCUAACAGGUGCAGCUCCCUAUUCAGACGCUGCAAAGCAAAAAAAAUCCCGUAUCCAAGACAAACCAGAAAAAAAAGCAGGAAAAACAGCAAAAAGAGGGACUUUAGAGUCCAAAUGUAUAUAUUUUUAAUCAUGUUUAUGGUAAGUUAAACAGGCACAAUGCAUGUAUGCUGGAAGUAGCCAUCCCUUAUGAAGAACAAGGCAAGCUUCACAGCCAAAGCAGAGUGCUGGAAGGUAGGGACUGCGCUGAAUUCCAUCAUGGCCAUUGAUGAGCUGAACCAUUUGCAAAAAACUCUUUUCAUGUUUGUUUCCCACACAAAAGCAGGACAGUAGCAGAGGAAUAACUAAUACAUCCUUCUACAGAUCAUUGUGAACCCUUUAUGGAAAAGGCAAAGGAAAAAAAAGUGUAUCCUAGUGUUGAAAUGCUAGAUACUGAGUCAACUCAGUGCAUGUUUAUGAAAUAGAGUAAAUUGUUGAAUACCUGAAGCAAAACAACUCAUGUAGGUCACAAAGAAAGAAAAAUCAUAUCAUCGUCAUUACCUGUUUCUAGUCAUAUCUGUACUAUCUUACACAUUUAAUAUGGAGUAGACAAAGUAUCUAGUCAGCCUUCCAGUUGUGAAGGAGCUAUUUCUGCACUUUUUCACUUCUUCUGCAGCUAUUGAUAAUUUCAGAUGUAAUUUAUACUGGGUUUUGCUCACACUGCCAUAAAUCCUAAUUCAGAAUGAAAAUGAGAAUAUCAAUGCUUCAUUAUCAAUAACAUCAUUAGGCCCUUAUUUUGUGAUCUGAAGCUUGAGCUAUCCAGCUGAAAAUCCCUGGGGUGUGCUUACUGAAUCCAUGCUGGGAGCACUUCAUUGCUGUGGGUGCUCUUAAGUACAUUUGGUCUUGGUAUAGCAGAGGACUAUGAAAUGGUGUCUAGAGGUCUGAAAAGUUAUCCUUGCAGAAGCAAGUAACUUAUACCAGUCAACAAAAUAAGUUUUUUUGCAUUGCUAGAGGUGGAAAAAACGGAGACACCAACUUUUUGCCUUCUAAUUUGAGUACCGGAGUACUGGUCUUCUAUUUCAGGGCAAAAUAAAGGAAAAGGAAAUCAGGAGGAUACCUAAUCAGAAUUUUACUACUAGCAAGAAACAAGGAAAGGGCAUGUAAUGAGCAUGGCUCUUUUUGCCCAAGCAUUAAAUAUUAACAUCGUUAAAAUCUAGAUUGCAAGGAAAGUAUUUCAGUGCUUUUAGUCCAAUUAGAAAACCGAUUCAUAACCAUAAUCACAUUUUAAAAUAAAUGUAUACAGGAAUAAGAAAGGAAUAUAAAUCAAUAAUCUUAUGUAAAAGUUUUUCUGGGAGUUAUGGAAUCUGGCGCAUCGCGCUCUCAAUUUUUCCGUAAAAACAUUUUUCCAUUAGUCAUCAAGUUGGAGCAAAGUUUAUAAAAAUUGGAAAAACAAGUCAUAAGAGCAAAAACACAUUUUGAAAAGUUGAAAUGAAGAGAUGAAUAGGAUGGAAAACUUUUUGAGGAGUCGGGAGAAAAGAAGGUAAUAGGGAGAUUUUUUUUCUUCGUUUGUUCAAAAGAUAGGCUCUUGCUGGAGAAUUAAGUUGUAAGAAUACUGUAGCCAACUGUGAAUACCUGUAAUACUGUUAGAGGAAAGAUUGCUUUCCUGCUCCUGUUUUCAGGCAAAUUGCCUUAGUUGUCGUGGUCUUUCUGUUCCAUGUACUUAUCAGCUGAGUUGAACGAGAUCUCCUUACAGCUAUGAGUAGUAAUGAGGCUUUAGCAUUUCUUUGCACAUCACUACUGGGACGUGACCUCUCUCCCUAGAAAGUUCACUUUUUCAUUAUAAAGGUGUUACUUCUUUUCUGCGUGUUUAAGGCAUUACUCAGGUGAUACAAUCCCUUCCAUCUGCAGAUGUAGAAAAUGCAAACAAACAGAAGUUCCAGAGAGCUUCUUUAACCUUGGAUGUGAAAGAUGGUCAGGGAUGGAGGUUUUGAAUUUUUGAGGCAGGAGUUUUGAAGGAGAGCAAAAGAAUGUAUAUAUUUAGGAUUGUACUUAGAGUAUUGCAUAAAUGAUGCAGGAAAUGCAGAGAAAUGCCACAAACAUCUCCACACAGGGAGGUGUCAGAGAUAGAAUGACAGCAGCUGUUCAAAACUCUGAUGACAUCUGAAAUGUAAAUAAAUGUAAGGCAGUGAUGGUAUCCUUUUGUGAAGGCAUUUGUUCUUUCCAUGAUGAUCUUCCUCCUCACGCCUUCCUACUCUCCUGUGAUGCAGAAUUGAUGUGACAUCAUGAAAUUCCAAGAAGAAUAGAAAUCAGACAAAAUGGAUGCUUCUACAAAGGGCAGAUUAUCCUGUCUUUUUAGAAAUAAAUUAAGUUAUGGUGUGAGUCAGUCCUCAGAAAACAAUGUUAGUAGUGAGAUGUGUAAAAGGUGUAGAAAUACAGAAGCUCGAGUCUUGUGGAGAGGUGAUACUGCAUGGCAGAUCUGCCUGGGAUUUAUGUGCUGGCAGGAGGACAGGUGUUGGAGGUAGGAAGGCUUUUUAUGAGCAAGCAGAGUAGCUCAAAGCAGCAUGGGUUUUGUUUGUAAAUGAUAGACAGUAGUAAAACAGAGUAUAGCAGAAUCCUAAGGCAAGGGUGGGCAAAUCAUAGGGGGAGUCUAUGUUCCAUGCAGCUAUGGCUCAGAUGAUUUGGCUAUGCUUUAUCUUUUUCUCACACUUUUCCCAAUUUAUUUUGUAUUAUGUAUCAUGCCUGUAAUUGUUUCUCUUUCUCUUGUUUCUCUCCUGACAUGUUUAAUCCCACAACACAGUCUAGUUUUGAUGUUUUCCUUCUCCUUCAAAGAGUCCCAAGAGAGAGAAGCAAGGAAGGUAGAUGUAUUUGACUUUGGAAAAUGAUUUGAUGCCACUUGCAAAGGAAAUAAAAUAUAUCACAGGGGUCUGCCAUGGGGUGUGGAGUGAAAAUAUUCCUCCUUGUUUGUGACAAAGGAUUGCCUUGAAGACUGCUUCAGCUUGAUCAGUCUGAAACCCAUGUCUCACUGUUUCCAUUACAAAGACUUUAAUGUUCCUGUUUCUUUUGGAAAAGGACUUCAUCUAUUUUGAAAUAAAUCCAAGGCUCCCCAAAUGUACUGUUUGCUUUCAGGCCCAGCACAUGAGAGCUGUGCAUCAGGGUCACAUUACAGAGGGGUCAGGAGAAUAGUCAUUCUUUGGGUAGUGAGCCAGGUUAGCCAAGGAGUCUGCAUGGGACCAGCCCCUUGGCAGCAGAGGAUUGCAAGGACUUGGGAUGUGGGGACAUUAGGGCAGCACAGCUGUCCUGCAGUUCCGGGCCGUGGCUCCUCCCCAGCCCAGGGGCACCAGGGAUCCUGCACAGGUGGUGCUGUGCUGCACUGGGCAUCUGCAGGGCUGUGGUAGGAUGAGGGGAUCUCAAUGUGACUGAGUGAAACCCAAUAGAUCUUUAUUUCCCGUGGGACUCAUCUGGUUUGCAUGUAGAUGGCAGGACUUUAGGACCUGUGUUAUGCAUGAAGGCAGAGUAAUAUCAGUAUGAUGCUCUCUUGCUUUCAGAUCUGUAACUCAGUGCUAAUCAUUCCUUCAGUGGAUCUCAGGCUGGAUAUGUUCACUGGAGUUGAUCAUUACAGAGGCUUAGUAUAUUAAUUCAAGUUCUCAGCAAACAGUGGCUCAAUAUUCUCCCCAAACUCCCAGUGGCUUCCUAUCCUGAAGGCACAGCUUUCUGACAUGUUUUUUUUCUUUCCCUAAUCCUCAGAUAUCUCUAAUCUCUUCCAUCUUCAAUCCCUGUUUUUCUAGUUGGCAGCAGAGAACUAUUUCAGUGCAUACCUGUGGAGCUUAUUCCCAACUUAUCAUUUUUAUAUUAUUAGUUUCACCUAGUGUUAAAAUACUUCUACAGUUCUAAUGUGUAGCAAGAAAGAAAGUAAAUUUACCCUCUGAAAGGGACAAUAAAGCCUUUAAAUUUGUGCUAGGCAUCUCUCGUGAUGUAUCCCUGGUGAUAUGCUUUAAGUUCGAGUGUUUUUAUUUUUGUUUUUCUUUCUUUAGUGUGUUUCUGUAUUUGCAUCAACUGCUGAUGCUUUUACAUUAGAUUUUUUUGUUUAGAAAUCUUACAAAGUUUUCAUUUUUAGUUUCUAUUUUUCUAAUUUGGCUUUUAAAAGAAGUUCUAAAAAACUCAUGUAAGAUGAGCUCACAUGAGCUGCUGCCAGCUGGUAAUUUCUUUGUACUUUAAGUGGGCUUUGUAUUUCUCAUGGGUUAGCCAUUGUGGCCUGAAAAAACUUGUUAUACCAAUCCAUGAAUCCAGAAAAAUACAAGUAAAGGUGACAGGGCACUGCACUCCUAAGUUACUGAUAUGAGAAGAUGCCUCAUUUCUAGGAGACCACCCUCCUCCUCCUUUGUCAGUUUUAAACUGUCUCAGUUUAAGCAAGUUUGGCAGAAAUGACCAAUUCCUACAGGGUUUUUUAAACCAGAAAUUAGGCAGAGGCAGAAAUUACUCCUGCCUUCAAGAGAGGCUGCAGUGUGCACUCCAGAGCCCAAUGUGAGGGUUGUCCUUCCAGCUGGACCAGUCAUCUUUCCCAGAUGGGUCUGGUGCUUCCUCCUCCCGAGCACUUGCUGGGUGCCAGCCCUUCAGUGUGGAAGAGGGAGCUGGAGGAGCUUUGAGUGUUGGCCAGGGGAAAGAGCAAAAGAGCAAGAAGUGGGAGAGGGCAGUCAUAACUGGGAACACUAUGGAAAUCAUGGCCAGAACAUCAUAAAGGAAGAGAACCCAAAUCUAAAGGAAACCAAGCCUCACUGAUGCUCUUACUUGUGGGCUAACUGGCUUAAUUCACAUAACCUCUUGUCUGUCACCAUCUGCAAACCCACUUCAACAAAAAAACUCUUUUUUGACAUUAAAGAGGAGUUGGAGGGAAAAAGACACAGGCUCUGGUCUUCAGAUAAUACACAUGAAUUUGACAAACUGAUUGUAAUGUCUGUGUCUUGAAUUCUUUAUCUCCAAGUGAAGAAUUAAAAUACGUGUGCUUCAGAGGGGAGCUGCGAUACUUCAUCCAUUUGGAAAUUAUUUUUCUCCUUUAAGAGACAGAUGCUUUACCUUUUUCAUGAAAAGUUGUAAAUGUUUCAGAAACAAUUAAUGAAGCUUCCUGACAUCCUCUUGGGUGAGGAAAUAUGAUUGCUGUGGGAAAACUGAGGCAAAAAUCUGUCAUGCGAAUAUUUUAUUUUAAUAGUUAAUGAACAGGGAAAAAAGAAAGUAUUACUGUAAAACACAUGAGCAAGAUUGUGGAAAGCUUUGGUGGAGAAAGGUUCUGAGACAAAUUCUGUCUUGAUUGGCAUCUCCUGAAGGUCAAAGCAUCUAUUCAGCGUAUAAGGCACAAUUAAAUUUGGCUCAUGGUGUAAUAUAAUCAGGAUAUUUACCUCUUAGUAUAUUAAUUUCAAAAUGUACAUGCUGAAUAAGGCAGGCUUGUAGAGGAGAAGUAAAUACUUUGAAAAGUGACUACAGGAAAAGGUAAACUAUCAUUGGUUUCAUGACAGCAGUAGUGACAUUACUUUUUACAUAAGAGCCACCAGUCUCUUCAGUCAAUGGCAAAAGAACUUCAGCAAAAUGCACCACACCAUCUCAAGAUGUGUUGCUGUUUGUGUAGAAAUUAACAAUAUCUGUUUAAGGAUUUGGAGAUUGAGACACAGAAAUGUAGCAGGCCACACAGCAAAUAAAGUGGCAAUUGAGGAAGAAAAAACCCCAGAUGCCCCAACAUUUUCCUCUCAGAAUCAGAAUAUCCACAGUCCUUGGAAGCACGUACAUGUCCAUAGACUUAAAGCUGGUUUUUUGCUCUCAGCCUCUGUGUAACCUCACAUGAUCCAAUUGUUUUGACUGUGUCAUCCCAAAAUCCAAGUAAUUCAAUCAGUAUUCCUAGGCAGUCUCGUUUCUUUACCAUGAAAAGCCUCCCUUUAAAAAAAAAAUCUCCAGUAGAUUUUAGACUGAAUACACAUGAAGCAACAGUUUAAGCUGCAUAACUACAUGUUACUGGCAGAUUGUACUCAUAUGGAUGUGUGUAUACCAGUAUGUAUUGAAUAGGUAAUGAUAAUAUCUGUGUCAAUCCCUUUCUCCUCUUAGACAUUUUGACUUUUAUAUCAGUUCAUUUUGUGACUACAUCUGUUAGUCAAGCAUAAUAUAAAUCAAGGAAAAAGUAAAAGAUUCAGCUGGUAGGAAAUGAAAUAUUUAUGGUGAGAAAAGAGAACCACCCAUAAGCAUUGGAUACAUACUGAUGCUCAAUGAUUAUUUUAGAUUUUUUUUUUUUUUUUUUUUAGGGUAAGCUUCUCAAGAGUCAGCAAUUACUUUAUAUUCACGGAAGUCAGUGAGUGGUUUACCGUGCACUUUAGAUGAGACAGACCAGUACUCCACAUUUUGAAAAUCUCACUCCUAAAUACAGCCAGGUUCAUAUGAAAAGAAAAACUGAACUAGCAAAAACACCCAACCCUGACAACAACUGUACAACUGAUACACAACCUUGCUUGUGUGUUCCUGAAUAAGAUACAAAAAGACAAUGAAUAGAAAUGGGCAUUAUUUCAUACCCAGUGAGACUUUAUGCUUUCCAGCACACUAGCCUUAUUGAAAAACUGCUUGCUUUUUAAUUGUCUCACAGCCCACCUCAUCUGUGCUCCUAGAAGAUUUUCCUCCGGCCUUUUAAAGUCCACAAAGUUGUUGGGAAUACUAGAUAAGAACACUCUUCUCUUUCUACUUGCUUAUGCAAUUCCUAACUGGUAACAAAAAGAAAUAAAAGCUAAUUCUUUGAAGUUCUUCUUGAAGAGGAAGGUUGAUGAGGGGAGCACUUGACUUCUGAGACCAGAAAUCGCAGACUAAUUACCCAGCAGUGUAACAAGUUUUGGGCUGCUCAAUUGCUCUCCCUGGAUAAGGGCAACUCUCCAUGACAGCAUUCUCCAGUUCUUGAGUUGUCUAGUUGCCAUAUGUGCCUGAGCCCUGAAUAUGCUGUGGGGUUAGUUAUGAUAACUGAGAUUUAUCCUGAUUUUACUGUAUUUCUGUUGUUCAAAGUGUGUUAAAUGGCCAUAGUUUCCUCUGACAUUCAAAAUGUGUAUGGUUCCUUAGGUGGUAGAGAGGGGAAAUUCACUGGUGGUUCAUAACAAAUAUGUGAGCUGACCACUGCCAUUAUGGCCACACUGGAGUCUAGAUUCUCUGAUAACUGUAUCAAAAGAAGGCAUAAGACGAGGAGAUCUGGUUACCAACUGGUCUAUAAGAAUAAGAAAUAGACAUUUGCAUUCUUUGUCCCUGAGCUGUAAAUCAAGAGGGACAAUCCUCACUUUGAAUGCCAUGCCUAUUCUCAGCAUGAUGUGUAUGGUGACAGAGGCACUGAAAGAAAGUAUUUAGGCUAGGAUAACAUCAAAGAAAAUACUUCAGUUUUUAUUCUCCUUUCUAUAGUGGAUAAAUGAAAACAGAAUGAAACACCAGCAAACUUGAAAAUAAAAGCAAAUGUGUAUGUGUGGACCAUAACAGUUUAUUCUGAAAAUUAAAUUCUUCCUCCUUCCAAGGCAUUGUUCUAAUGACGUAAUUCUCUGACAACCUAAUCCUCUACCUUGCUUUCUUUGAUUUACCUCCUCAAAUUCACUGGCCAGUCUGUAUGGUGGCUUUGAGAUUUUUGAUGUCUUCUUGCUUGGUUGGCUUUCAGAGCUACACCAGGUAACUCUGCUGAUCUUACAUUGUGCUUGGAACAGGAUGUAAAGGGAUGUCACUUUAUUGCGCCAACAGUCUCAGCAGGCAUUGAAAUAAAAAGUUCAAACACACCCCCACUCACAACAUGUGGUGGUGACUAUAGAAAAAUGGGAUGUAGGAGCUUUUCAGGAAGAAGGAGUCUUAAGUAGACAACCUCAGUCUAUACCCUCCAUUGAAUUAGAAGUCACAUGGCACAGUAGCUGUUUUAUAUUUAAAAAAAAAGUGUCUAAUCCCUUCCCCCACCCCAUGGCUUUGUGCUUUAUUUUAUUUUACAAUAAUUACACCCUGUAUGGCAGUAUCCCUCUAGCAGGCAAACACUGCUGCGGAAUACAGUCCACUAAACCAUUCCCACUGUCCAGACAGGGCUGCCUCGUGCCUCGGGACACACCAAGGCAGUCACCACAGUGAAUUCCAUUCAGCUGGACCUAAGAGACACUUUUACCAUUCGACAAAAAUAAAUCCAGAGAGAAACUGAAUGAGUUCUGAAGUAGCAGUUGAGGUAAAAUAUGUGUGCAUUAAAGGGAUGUAAGAGUCCAAUUCUAAGUGUGUAACAUAGAAGCCAAUUGUAGUCAACAGCUUACUUCUCACAUGUUUGGUGAGGAAGCAUUUAAUUGUUUUCCCAGCUUUAUGAGGGAAGGUGCCUGGUGAUGCAUUUCCCCCAUGCAUUCUGCCACAAGGGGUUUCCCAUGUGUUAUGUGACAAGGGGGGCUGAAGCAGGCAUUGUGCCACUGAAUUCCUCUCUGUCUUGGGUGAGUUAGUGAUUCUGUUUGGGUUUUGUGAGGGGAAAAGAGUAGGAAGGUUUCUGCCAUAAAUAACUUGUGAGAAUUGUUGAUAUAUUAGGGGACAAAGAACAUUGAUCUUAGUAAUACAUUUGUCUGAAUAAGCACAUCAGUACUUGACACAUUGUUAUUAACACCUUUGUGCACUCCUUUUCUUCCGCAAAGACAAUGUGCAUUAUACAAAUAAACCUACAUUUUCAACUUUUAUGUCAGUGCAUGACUGUGGGGACAGAGGAGAGACAUCCAGCUAUACAAAUAUACUAAAUAUGUCCUCCAUUAUUUGUGGCAAAAUUAGUUUUUAGACCCUACUUCUUAGAGCAAGACGCAUAGUUAUUACUGAGGAUAUCAGCUGUAGGAAAGAAACACUGUCUCAUCUUUAUACUGCAUAUUCCAUUCUUUUGUCAGCUUACAUUAUAAAUAAAUAACAAAGCAAUUUGACACAUGCCCAUUGAUUAAAAAUAAAAGUUGUCAGAGUGAGAGGAGAAAGACAAAAAUAUGAAUUAUUAAUAACAAUAUUAAGCAAUGCAAAAAAGAUGCUUAACAUGCAGGAAAGUCCCUGAAAAGUCACUUAGUGAAGGGGAAAGAAAGGACAGCAGUGAAGACCUUCCCUCUACUAUUAACUUUGUCUUUUCUUCACUACUUUGGCCCUUGGAGGUCAGGGUGACAUAUAAAAGAGAGGGAUGAUUCUGUUAAUUUGUGUAAUCUUGUUUACCUCAUCUCUAGUAUUUCCAACAUGUACUGCAUGCAAACACAGAAGUAUCACAUAAGGAAUGGAGUUAAAGUAAAGUGAUUGUGUGGUGCCAUGAUUUGGUUUGGCCAUUUUAUAUUACUGGGCAGUCUUCCUGGCACUGUGUUUGAAUGACCAGUUGACGGCCCUGGCACAUCAUUUGGAGAAGCUAAGGUAAUUUUUACUCUUUCUAAAUUUUGUGUAUCCCACAUACCUGUGAUUUAAUAUGCAGAUAUUAAGGUAUACAAAAUUUAUAGCAAUAGUUUGUGUUCUGUACUUUGUCAUACUCCAAAGGAUAAAACAUAAACAGUAUCCUCGUAGCUGGCUUAAUUAUGCAUUUCUUUUCCCACCUUCUGUCGCUUAUUUUGGUUGCAACUAUUUAAAUGCUUUCAUUUAUCAGACCAGUUUGAAUGGCUGUUGGGUAUAUUGACCAUCCUGGCAAUACUUAAAUUUCCAUCUGUGAAGAUCAGAUUUCUUUUUCACUGAACAGGGCAGAAAGAAAAAGUACACUGGUGAAGGGAAAAAGAGAGAAUUGCAAAAUUUUCACAAAAGCUGAAGGAAACCCCUUGGUGACAAUCCUGUUUGCUGAAGAAUGCUCUUGCCCUAAAGUAGGUAGAGAGUGUGCUACUACAGCAGAAUAGCUAAUCAGAAAGUUUUCCUGGUGGCAUCAGAAGUCCACCGUGGUUGAAGUCAUGCUGUCUCUAGAGGGGCAUUUUAUAUUAGACUUCCUCAAGGCCAGUCUGAGCAUUGUGUUAUUUGUAGCUGGGGAGAUGACAUCAUCUUUAAAAAAAACCCCAAACCUACAGGAGCAGUAAGGCUCCUACCCUGUGCUUAUGAUGUUAAUGUUUUGAAUCAACAAACUGUUAAUGAAUUCACAACAUGGUCUCCCAAUUAUUGUGUGUUAAUUCCCGAAAGCUUCUUUUUAUGCAUCUUCAGUUCACCUAAGAGCUAAGCUCUUGCAGGUUCUAUGGAUUUAACAAAAUUCCAGAAGUGCUGCUUCUGAAUGCCAGGGUCAAAGGAUCUUCUCACUGGCAUAAUUUAGUUAACCUGUGGUGCAGGUACAUCCAUCCUCAUUUGGGCUUCCUUUGCAGUCAGCUGAAGAAUAUUGGGCACUUUGCGGUGUCAGUUGGCCUAUCACUAAGAAAGGCAUCUGAAAUACUUCCUCAUAUAAGGGGUUACUUCUGUUCAUAGGUCAUAAAGUCUGGAUGAAGACUGUAAGCAGUUCAAAAGUUAUCUGAAAUUCUUCUAUGCAUGUUGUCACAAGCUUAGUAACCAAAAUUAGGGAGUUGCCCUAAAGAUGUUAGUCUUCACUUCUGUUUCUGUGUGUACAAUGGCAGCAUUGUGCAUGUUUGGUUAUACAGGUUAUGAGAAGGUGGACUUCUCUGGGUACAUAAUGGUAAUGAUGCAACUACAUUUUAGGCUCUAAAUGGUUUGCAUUUACAUUUUAUGAGCUCUUUUCAGUUCCCACGUACAUAAUGUGUAAAGAUUAGCACUGGGUGGAUAUGUCUCAGCAUGGGUACCUUACACUCUUCCUGAAUUUGGCUGAAUAUGAAAUUAUUGGUCUUAAAUAUUAAUUGAUGUAGCCUGACUCCCCUUAGUGCUUUUAAUCUGCUGUAUCUGAUCCCCAAGGUUUUGAUGAACAUUAAUUUGUGCAUUAAAAGACUGAAUUUAAGUUAAUUUCCUUGGUUUGGAAAAGCCACACAUACCAAUACUUGCUUGAGAGGGCUCAAGUACAAACCAAACCAAGUGGAAGGGAACAGCUCCUGGAAAAGAACUGAGAUGACAGAGAGGGAGACAGCUGCCCUUUGUCACAUACCCAGAACUAUAAGCUAAAGUCAGAAAAAAAAAACCAUCUAAAGAGAUGCUAGCAUAUUAUGCUACGCUAUGUUGGAAAUUAAAGGCACUAAUUUCUUAAGUUGUUUUUGUCUACUUCACCAUAUGUAGCCUUAUUCUAAAGUCUUGUGCUACUGUCUGCAAGGAAAUCUUUAGACAAUCAAAAAUUUUUUUCUUUGAAAAGGAGAUUCUUAAGAAUGUGAGUAGGCUUUAAAAUUCAGCAAGGCAGGUUAAGACAACCUUUGAUUAGGAAUUUUAAAAAUCUGGGAGAAAGCACUUUCAUAAUACUAUAAUGGUACUUUUCAUCAGCCUUACUACACCCAUGUGCAGUAUUUCAGCUCUGUAAACUGAAGCUUAUUUAUGCUAAAUGAUUUGCCCAAUAUCUUAUCAUGGGUAAGUGGCAGGCCAGAAAUGGAACCCAGGAGUCUUAAUUUGAUUUCUUGUUGAAUUCAGAGACAGUUUAAUGCCCCUGAAAGAAAAACACUGAAGAAUUCAACAGGAGCCCUCUGCUUGAGGAGUCUCCCAUUUCAAUAAGCGUGUGGUUAUAGCAUGUCUGUGCUCCACUGACCGAGGUCCCCGAGGCUGCUUCCAAUCCAAACCCAUGUCUCCUCUGUGGGUGCCCAUUGCCCUGCUGAGUGCUUCAGUGCUCUAAACCAAAAGUCUUGUUCUUAAUGGCCGUACUGGGGAGAAUACAGCCAUGGAAAAGUGCCACCACUGCCAGCGAAAAAAGCGAGUACGGUGAAACAAAAAGAAGCUGUAGAGUCAUAAGAAUAUAGGCUGCUCUUUGAAUGCUUCUACCAGUGUUGGGCUUCUUAUUUUAGAGUAGUGAAGAUGAGACAGCAGAUGAUAUUAUUUAUCUUCAAAUCCCUGUCUAAUCAUAUUUACCAACUCUGUGAGAUCUUUAAUAAAUAUGGAUAAGUCUCUGUGUUUUUAAAUUAAUAUUUUGAAAUUUGACAAUGCAUUGUGCAAGCUUUACAGGGAGGUAUUUCUAGUUUGCGAGAGAAGCCUCUUCGUGUCAGCCUGUCUUCUUGGUAGCUUUCACAGUGUGUGAAGAAGGAAGGUAAGAACUAGGGCAAACAAUACCUUCUUCCUGCAGCAUUUGGGCAAACAUUUCAAAUCAGUGGGUUAAACGUGUUGGCUGGUGAAAGAGACUAGUGUAGACUCUGGAUCUAGUCUGGAAAAUUCAAUCACAUAAUCUUGAAAGGAAAAUUCAAGAGUCAGGGGAAAUGCAGUACAACACAAUUUGUUCAGUCAGGACUUUGUUUGUGAAUUUCUGUCAGGAUUGACCUCAGUGUAUUUAUAAAACUUAAAAGGGAUGUUUUUUCUUACAAUUCCAAAUUCUCCCUUGUUCAGAGGAAAUUUUGCAUACGUUACAGCCAGCUUAAUUUGUAGAGACAGAGUACGAAUUUUCUCAACUAUGACUUGGAGGACAUAACAUGAAGUUUUGUGAGCAGAGUUUUUCAUUAAUGUCUUUUUUUAUGUCUAGCCAGAGACAGAAGCAAUCUGACUUUUUUACAUUCUUGCUGCGGAUAAGAAGUUCUGAAACCAGUGAGUAGAUGGAAAGGUAGCCAUGAACUGGGUGCACAAUAAAGGCUUAAGAGUGGGUGUUUGUUAACAUAUGAGAUGCUGUAGGAUACACCACCUGGCCUUCAGCUGCUUUUCCCAAAAUACAUUUAUCUCAAAAGUGCUAAGUCCUGUCUGCUAGCCGUGUCCAGAUGUGAUUAAACCAAAGUGCUCUUCUGAAGGCACUUGAAAGCUAUGUUUAAACAAAUUCUUUGAGCCCUGAGCCCCAAACUUUACAUACUUGAAACCACAUCUGGGGUAUGAUGUAUUGAUGAUAAUCCUACCACAGAGUGUUUUAGGACAAAUCCUUUUAAAGCAGUUAUUAGAUGAAAUGUUGGACUUUGUUAAAAGGGUGUAUAAUAUAAAGAAUACUUGAUUUCAUUAAUGCUGGUUUGAUACCAUCAGUUACCCUCUGGCAAUUUAGGUGACCCCAUAGGCAAAAGUUUUUACCUUUAAAUGCUUUUUCUACUUGUACCAUGUACUGGGGGUAUGAUGGGCACUUAAGAAUAAUUAGCAUAUGGUUUAUACCUGACAGUAUAAAAGCUAUCUCAGCGCUUUUGCUGAGUGUCAUGAAUAUGACUUGGGUUCCCAGAUUGGCAUGAGCUCAUGCCUACUGGUCGUAGAAAAGUUUCUUGGAAGUGGAACUGUUUUGUUUAACCUCUAUAUAAAUUGCAAGGCAUAUCAAACAAAAAUGGAAAACAAUUUACAUUCGUGUUACUGAAAUCUGUGCAGGAUACGAGAGGGAAGUAUUAAAUAUCUGCAGUUUGGUGAAAUCUGAAGCACAAAGGAAAAAUAUGUAUCAUCUGCAGUUACUUAGGGUGAAUAGCAUAUGUUUUAAACAGUUGGAUUAAAAAUCUAGAUAGUGUAUAGUGUGAGUUGAUCUUGUCCUAGUCUGUGGGCAUUAUUUUUUUAUAAGCUGGGAACAUAAGGUUAUAUGUCAACUAAUCAGAUAUGAUCAGUCUGAUCUGCUGGGUCUUCUUUUUGAAGACAUAAUCCUUAUUAAAAGUAAAAUUGUGAAGUUUGAACCUUUUUCUUCCACUUCAGGCACUGAUAUUUUUCUGCAGGUAUUUUUUUACUGUAAAAAUAAUCUUUUGCAAAUUCUUUUCUCAGAUUUUAUUCUAGCAAAGUUUCAAUUGACUUCAGUCUCUUUACCUAAGUAGAAACCAAAUCAAAAGUUAGCAAAGCAUUUCAGGAUGAUGAGCUCUAUUUAGAGGGACUUGAAGUCAUAAAUUUAUUUGGUAGCAUAAUCUGAGGAGCUUUUUAAUAUGGGCAGUCCUUUUUAAACCUUUUGCAGAAACCUAUAUUUUGUUGACAUCAUCACUGACAGGUUUAGUUUCAUGAAACUUCAUCCUCGAAUCAAACUUAGAAAUUAUCAAGGUCAUUUUAUUUAUUUUAUUCUCCAGGUUUUUUUUAGUCUUCCACAAUGGGCAGUCUCAUGUAUUGCCUGUAAGCAUAGCAGAGGAGAGAGUGAAUAUAAACCUACCUAAUGGUCAUGAAUGGAAUAAGAAACUGUUAUCCUGGCAAACUUGAUGUUGAUUUAGGAAGCUGCAAUCUGUGCAUUUUCUUUCUUUGAUAGUUCUGUUUUUCAUAUGCUCUAUUUUGGUGAAAGCAAAGUUUAUGAUCUCUGUUCACUCUGACAGAUUUAUUUUGAUUGUACUAAGUACUUGGUGAAUUUGGGGAAGCCGUUUUUACUUGGUGUUUUGUCUUCUGGUUAAAGCUUGGUUUGGGAGGUAGAAAAAUGAGUAUCACAUCUCCAGCUAUCAUCCAGGGUCAUUAAGUGGACAUCAGCCAACUGUUUCCAAUGCACAGGUGGUGGUAGCAUUGAUUAAUUCAUGAUCACAAAGUGCUUUGGUCUGCUGGCAUAGAAAGCAGAAUAGAAGUGUAAAGUGUUAUUAAUGGAAUGACUGCUUGACAUAUUUAAUAUAUGAUGUUAAAUAUCUUUUGAGGCAAGAUACAUUAUGAGUGUGAGUGACUCGACUGAAAGUAGUUACGGCUAUUUCUUUAAUUGAGUAAAACAGAUUCUUACUGAGUGCAUCCUGGUUAGGAUUAUGGGUCGAUUUGGUUGAUUUUACUAACAUAUGACCUAGGAACUGGGUGCUGGCAGCAUCUUUAGAGUUUUGGGAGAAAUUGCAGUCACUUUUUGUGUUGAUGGCUGGGAAUUUCUCUUCCACUCCUGACUAGUUUUAUCCAAGCUUUCAGCUGUGAUUUCAUUUCAAAAAACAUCAUGCUGCAAGACAUGUAUAUCUCCCAUUUCCAGGUGGAAGAAAUUUGUAGUUGUUUAGGAACUGUGUAAAACAUAACAUUAAUUCUGGUUGUGUUUACACUGGGACAAAUCUUACCCUGGUUUAUGUUAAUAUGAAAUUUACCACUCUGUUACCAAAGCCAGGAUUUGGCAUGUAAGAGUCCUUUCCUGUUUAGUGGGAAGCACUUGCUGAUUGACCACUUUGUGAAGUCAUGGACAUGUUAACGCUAUCCAACUUUUCUCCAGAGCAACGCACAACUACAAGGCUCUUUUUGUGGAAUUUCAGUGUUUACGCAUGAUGUGAAAACCAGAGGAUGUGCACACCUAGAUUAAUGUUUCACUUUGCUGGCAGUGGUUGCAGUUUUACUGAAAGUGUCAUAAUAGCUGAUGUUUUUCUUAAAGACUGUACUCUUGAAGUAAACAGAUAAUGUGAAGUUCUUUGUUUUUUGUUUAUAAAAUAAGUUUCUAGUCCUUGUGAUUGGAGGGGAGAUACUGAAUUUAUGAUCAAAGCAUAAUACAAAGACUCAGAAAUGAAAAAAUAUAAAGUCUGAUGCUUAUUCGAUUGUUUAAUAAUAUUUUUAAAACUUCAGAAUUUUCAGAGGAAAAAUGGGGAAAAUUCUGAAAGGCAGGAGGAAACAGCAGGAGCUCAGGAUCUGCAGUAGUUCAUUUGCAUUUUGUUUUCAGCUUGGUCUGAGGAAUAGCUUAGUGGUCUGAAUACUAGCUUUGAAAUCCCUAUGCAAGUUGGAUCUGUAUCUACAGUAUCAGCAGCAGGACUAGGAAUAAAAUUCACACCUUCACACCUCUACAAAGAACGAGUAUAGUAGUGAAAAUUUAUUGCAUAUUUAGCUAGCCAUUUAAACAAAGAUUACUGAGACUGUUCUGUCUGGUAUUACUUAUCUGCGUCUUUAUUAGCUGACCAAGAAAUGCACUGUUUGUCAUUCAUCUGUGUGAUGUUUCUCUGCCUCUGCCUGCUUGCUUGGCUAGAUUUCCUCUUCUCUCCCCACUUGUAAGUGUUGGGAAGAGAAAGUACUUAAAACAAAUUUCCAAGGUAUUUUUGAUAUUCUGCUGGUUUAAUUCCUUAAAUUAGGAUCAUCACUGUUGGCAAAUGCUAUGUGGCCAUACACGCUAGUCAUUAGAAUUGCUAUGGGAAUUGCUGAUUCUAUGUUCUUUAUUUUGUGGGAAUCAGAGUUCACGAUACUGAGGAUCUUCUAUGACUCCAAGAGCUGUGAAAUAGCUUUCAGGACUUAAAAUGAAUGGUUAUGAAUAAUUUGGCUUUCUUCUCUGUAAAUUCCAUCACAAAAAUAACAAUAACAAUAAAACUACAAAUAAAAUACUUUGUUUGCCUAUGGAAUUGUUUAGUUUGUUAUUUGGAUUGUAGUACUACCCAGUCCCCAGACAGAAUUAGGGUCUGUCUCUAAUAAAUGCUUGGGUAGAAAUUAAGAGAUUGCCCCUGCUUUAGAGCUUCAUAAUCUACAUCAGAGAUUCAUACAUAUGAGAAGAAACAUUGCAAUAGGCAAAAUAUCAAAGGACAUUAUGGCAGUUAUCGUUUUGUACAGAUGGGCCAUGUAAUUCUGAAUUGUAUAGAAUGUGGUGGGCCCAGGACUAUUCUGUGGAGGAAACAAAACAGUGUAAAUUGUGACUUUUUUUUUUUUUUGGAAGACUAAAAAUUUUAAAGAAACUAUGCUGAGAAUCGACUUCAGAUAGAAUUCUUUUGAUUUUCAGCUUCUUUCCACAAAAAAGUUCUUUAAAUUUCCAGUAAAAGUAUUUGUCUUUCAAAAACCUCAUUCAGCUGCAAGUAAAAUUUUUAUUGAUGCUUUCACAAAUACAUUUCUUUUUUUAUCAGCCUUUGCUGGAGAAAAGUUGGAACCUAGCAAUAGUGGCCUGUGGGACAUCAGUUUUUGUGACUGCCAUGGCUUGAAAACUUGUUGAAAGUAACCUAAAAAUGUACAUGAUUUCCUAAAGGCAAAUGUCAAACCACUCCCAUACACUUUUGGAAUCUCUUGGGAUUCUUACCAGGGAAUUCUCCAUGGAGUGUAAUUCAAAACAGCAUUGACUGCAAGAGAUUUUACGUAGAGAGUAUGUCCAAAAUUGUAAGUCAAUUCCUAACUGUGUUUUGUUGAUGGAGGGAGAAGAAGUGUUUUUCUUUGUCUUACCUUGAUUUUUCUGUUUCUUAAAGAUAAUGACUUCUUGCAGUAGAAAAUAAAAAGAGAUAUCCAUUGCUUUUCCCUGCCUUGCUUCUACUUGUAGAAAUUCUCCUUCCUCUAGUGAGUAAAUCAGGGCAGGUGCUAGGACUGCUGCUUCCCCAGCCAGCAGCAUAAGAAAACUGGCUGUACUGAGAAAGUUUUCCCAGCUCUGUGUUUUUUAGUCUUGUGAGGAGAAGCGGGAGCAUUGAAAGUUUUUGGAAACUUAUGGGGGGAAAAAAAAAGAAAAAAAAAGCUUUAGCUGGCAUUUUAUGUUAGGGAUUUUAUACAAUGCUGACAAAAAAACCCGAAUCCUUAAGACUCUAUUUUCAUCCAGUAAAUCUUUGGAGUGCCUCGAAAGCUUGGAACUUCUUUUGCUAGACCACUUUAGAGCAGCUAAAAAGCUAUUGUAUGUAAAAUUUGUACUGUUUAGUUUCUGACAAUCAGGUGGGUUUUCCUGGACCCUGAAGAAUAAAUUUAAAGGUACAGAGAAAAUUGUGAGUCUGUAGACUACAGACUACAGAUAGUAGAUACAAUGCAGUUUAGGGUGGGGGCAGGGUUAUAUGUUAGCUGGUCUGAAAUGGAAAUCUUUGUACUGCCACAGAACGCCAAAGGACACUGUAAUAUUUAAAUCAAUCUGAGUUUCCUCCAAGUAAAAAUAAAAUAAAGGAAAUGGUCAGACUUGGCAAAUAGAUCUUGACCUCGUGCUAUUUUUACAAGUCAGACAGAUGUGCAGUCUCUGAUAAGCUGGUACCCAGGACGAGCUAUCAAAUCAGAAAUCUGUGGAGUCACUCUUCAAAUCCCAGCAUUAAUCGCAAUGAUAAAGAGCUACCUUUAGAUUAAUCCUGUCCUGGACUUUAGACGAAAGAUACUGCAGUUUAAUUACUGAGUGAAAUCCACUUUGUCUGAUCUGCCAGUCUGCACUGUAAUGUCAUAAUAUAAUCAGCCUCACCCCUGUCUGAAGCUCCAGGGCUGUGAAGUCCAAGGACUUGUUUGAUUGGAAGAAAUAAAACGAUGUUCAAACAACCACCAGCCACAGGGCUGUAAUUACCAAAAUCUUGUUUGCAUCUGUCUGUCAUUUUCACCAUUGGUUUUUUUAUGACAUGAAGAAGCAAGGAGAGAUCAUGGUGGAUAAGAACAGCAACCUGACAAGUGACAAAUCAAGAUGUGGGAUGGUUUUCUUGUAGAAAAUAAUCAUUGUAAAAUAUUCAGGCUAAUUAAACUGGGUCUCUUUUUUACAUCUUUCCAAUCAGCUUUGGUGACACAUGCUGGUUCAAGCAAAGCCAGCUAUCGGUACUGUCAUUUCAUAAUUAAAAUCUGCAACUGAGCUGGGAGUGCCUCCAUCAGAGGUUCCAGCACCAGGAUGGAGUUGUGUGAGUGUGAGAAAUCGUAUUUCUACUCGUGUGAGAAAGGCAGCAGGUCUGCUACACAGGAGAUGUUUCCUCCCACCCCUCUUAUCAGAUUUAGUCAUGAUUUGGAGGGAAUGUUCCUUCACACAAAGAGAGAGGCCAUGGCUUGCUAUAACAUGUUACUUCGCAUGCCUUGCAGAGGUGCAUGGCUCACCCCCCCCCCCCAGCUGUGUGGCAGCUCAUUGCACCAACUCUCACUGAAAGCAGUGGGAGAAAUUAGGGUGCUCCUGAUCUUUUGAUGUCGGGCCUUCUUCCCUCCACCUCUUUUAUUAAGGGUGCAACCAGGGAGCGUUGGUAGAAUUUCUUUUUAAUGUACCAUGGAGACUAUUGUUCUGGAAAAGUUCAUUACCUUUUCCAGGCUCAUUUGACAGAGCUGACUGAACAGUAGUGCCUUCCUCACACUUCUGACCUCAGCAGAGCUAGAUUGUUAGCAAGAGGUGAAGAGAUCCAAAGUUUUGAAUAAAUGUUUUGUUUAGUUAUUUUUCUGGCCAUGCCAGGGAGGUUGCAGUUGUGGUGUGGAAAGAAUAGCUGACAAAGCUCUCAAAAAUUGUUUGUUCUCAAGUUAUUGCUAAACAUAGAUGCUAAUGGCCAGAAAAGGAAACACACCUUUUUUCUAGCUCCAUCCUUUAGAGAGGGUGCUCCUAACCUGUGGUUGGGUUAAGUGUGGUUGGAUUUGCUGACAUCUUUUCAUUGCUUAGGUUUUCUUCCCCCAACCACUUCAAAAUCCUCAUUUAUCUCACAGUAUUUUUUUUAUAAUUUAGUUUUCUCUGCUUUUCCCUUUGCAUCUUCUUUGUCUUGUGGCCAUUUCUGCACAGAUCUUACUUUUUCUUCUUACAUGAUCUAGUCACUCAUCUCCUUACCAUCUCCUUGAAAGUUGCACUUUCAACUCUCUAUUCCACCCAUCUAGAAUGGAGUUCUCACACUGUCACUUUCUCCCAGCUCUUCUGCCUAAAAGCAUUCCCAGUUUCCAUUUGUUUUUAUAGAAUGAGCUGGUGGGUUAUUGUGAGUCACAGCUGGGGUUUGACAAUAAUCCCUGUGCUGCUUCCUCCUCACAGAAUGGGCUCGUUCAAUAACUCUACCUGCAGGGGCCAAGUAUGGGGUGAGCUGAACACCUUCUGGGUGUCCUGGAGCUCUAGCCUGCGGGUAGAUUUGUGUGCGUAGACCAGUUCUCUGUACUGCAAAAUCAGAGCAAUGUCUUGGGGCAGAGACUGGGGGUGAGGAAGGAUAGCAGACAGCAGUUGUUAGCAGUAUGUCUCUGUGCCUUAAACUUGCAGUACAUUUAAUUUCUUCCUCUUCCUUUUGUAGCCUGUGGCUGACAGCAAUGCCUGGCAUUGCCUGUCAGCAGGGAUGGCAUGCAGGGUGUUUUGCAAUGGAAAUCUGGCUUUAAACAUAACUGGGUUUGUCACUACUGUUUUAACUUCUGAAUGGUUUUUAAACAUUACAGCCUGCAGAUUCCAUUCCAGCAGGAUCUAUCCGGAAGAGGCUGUCUAGAGAAUCUUCUCUGAAGCAGCUCUGACCAGCAGCAAUGGCCCUAGCGCUUUGUGUACUUUCACCCUUCGUCUAAUCCUUUCUGUUAGAAACAGAAAUGUCAGAAGGAAGAUGUGCACAGCUUCUUUUAAAUCUCAAGAGUAUUUUUCAGCAUGAGGAAGUCCAUCCAGUUAUGUAAUCUUGCAACAACCACUGGUGUCUUGCUUCCCAGGGGAAAAGUAUCAGCGAAACGUGAACAAUAGUUGUAUGGCCAGUUGCUACAGGAAUUAUUUCUUUUCCAAAUGCAAGGAUAAAGGAGGGCAUAGGGUAGCAUAUAACAGUACCUAUGAAGAAAAGAAGAAAUUAGUCUAUAUUGAUCAGAAUAAAUUGUGUUAGUUUCUAAGAGAAAAAAGAUACAUGCAGGUAGAGUACAAGUUUAGUGUGGAAAUGCCUUGUUACAAUAUACAGUGAUGUGAAAUUCCCAUCUUUCUAAAGACCUCAAUUCAUACUCAGGUGUUCAGUGUGCUUACAGACACAAAGAUGGGGCAUCCUUAACAUAAUGGCUCUCACAAGCUUUGGUGUGGGAAGUUUUGUGUGCAUGAUGCUGUACUGCAGCCCAGCUAUACCUUUGGGGCUUUCUGCAUAGAUGUGGCACAGGUUCUGGGGUACUUUGUAUUACCACCACAUUCUUUGGACUGACACAGACACUUGUCAGAAGAUCCAACUCAAAAUUUUCGUGUUUGUAUAGAUUAUUUUAGUCCCUUACCUGCUCUGGAAAAGUGAAUUUCUCUUCUCUUUAUCAUUCAGUGAUAUGUGUAGGUUUGUUUUCUUAGAUACCAUGGCAUCUUCUGCAAAACUAUGGUGCUGUUAGCCAUAGUACUGUGUGAAUUAAUGAUUUUUGCAAAGCAGAAAUGAUCCGUAGUUAGAAGACAUAGCACAGAUAGAAGGAGACUAGAGGAAAAAGAGAAGCAGCAGGCAGAGGAGUGAUCUGAAGACUGGAGAGGAAAAGCAGAAGACUCAAAUCCUGUCCUUCAUCACCCAUGAUGCUGUCUGUUCAUAUUUACUCUUUAGCCCUCAUACUGCUUGCUCACGCAUAGUUUUGUGCCAAUGCUCAUAUUAGCCCCACAGCUUAGGCUGAGCUCCACAUGCACAUGGCUCACUAUGACAUUUUCACAAGUACUUUGAAGUGCUAUCAGCACAUUCCUAGAUCCCACAUGGCACAACCAAAACCUGUUGGAAGUAGAGUAAGACUUGUAUAUACUGGGAGCAGUUCCAUUCAGGUGCAUGAAUCAAAUCCAACUCAUGAAGAAUCAGGAACAAGAGUGAACCUCAAGUCUGUUCCUCAGAUGUUUGCAAAGUACUGGGAAGUAACUAAUUUUCUAAUUGAAAAUUAUAGAAUCAUAGAAUCACUAAGGUUGGAAGACUCCUCCAAGAUCAAGUCCAACCGUUGACCAAACACCACCAUGUCAACUAGACCAUGGCACUAAGUACCACAUUCAGUCAUUUCUCGAACAUUUCCAGGGAUGAUGACUCUGCCACUUACUUGGGCAGCCUGUUCCAAUGCUUAGCCACCCUUUAAGUGAAGAAAUUCUUCCUGAUGUCCAAUCUGAACAUCCCCUGGCACAAGCUUGAGGCCAUUUCCUCUUGUGUUGCUACUUGCAUGUGAGAAGAGGCUGCCCCCCACCUUGCUACAACCUCCUUUCACGUAGCAAUAGAGAGCAUUAAGGUGUUUCCUGAGCCUCUUUUGCUCCAGGAAAAUUGCACCACACUGCUGAUGGGAACACUUCAACAUAUCUUCAUUUCAUCAUAUCACCCUCUUUUCUCUUUAGCAGAAAGGCUUCGAUGAAGAGAGCUUUCUGGUCACUUCUGGUGACUUAGAGAUUGAAAACUUUGGGGGUCUAGAUCUGAACGUACUUCACCAAGUUUUUGGUUUUCUUUUUAACAUUUGAGAGUUUGAGACCUAGUACUUCUGUCCCAAUGAAGAAAAUUCUUAUCCACUGGCCAGCCUUAGAUAAACUUAACCUCUCCCCAGCAGCAAGCCUGAUGGCAGCUCACUCUUCUCUUUGUCUAAGCAUGUCAGUUUGUGCACCAGAGAGAGGGGUGCUAAGAAUCCCAAGGAAGGAGGCGAGCCAGGUUUUCUGCUCAGCAUAGAGAAGGUAAAGCAUACCCCAGAACUGCACAGAGUGCCUCCUCAUCCAUUUACUAAUGAGCACCUUGCUGACAUCAGCCAGCCUUGGAUGUCCAUCAGCCAGGCCACCCUGGCAUUCAUCAGAAGGUGGGGCUAUGUUUGUAUUGCAUGUGGGUUGUGCUUGCCCCACUUGUUAAAUGGAAGUGAAUUCAAGCCCACACAAUUCUGCAAGAGUCAGAGGAGAGUUAAUAUUUUUGGUCUCCAGUCCUGCCAGUGCUGUUAACAAUGUUUUAAGGGCAGAAGGCAACUGUUAAUUGUGAUGUAACUUGAAUGAUUUCAUCGCUUCACUUCUCUCACCCUACUGGGACAUUCAUCAACUCUUCCUGGUCACUGUUGACCUGGGAUGCCAGAAAUCUGGCAAUCUCAAAUCACAGCUUAGCCAACCUGGACCUGAUUUAUCUACUCUGUAAAUGUUUGGGGGUUUUUGUGCAUAUAUGUGCAGAAUAAUCUCAAGCUUAGAAUUGUGUGGAGACUUCUGGUUUUUUGUGUUUUAGAAUUGUUUCUUUUCCACACAGUUAAAUGAUAUAAUGUCAAGGGUGAGGAGAAACCUCAUUUUAGAAUCUUUUUGCCAGUUCCCCAAGUUACACAUUUUUUCUUAAGCCCACUUGUCUCGUAAAUCAUAAAAUACUCUUUUAAGAAUAGUUAUCAGUUGUAGACUCUUUCUCCCCUUCAGCAUAAAGAGUAGUUGAGAAACCAGGGUCAGCUUACUUGACUAUCAGAGCCUCUACUGAAUUCAUCCACAGGUCUAAAGAGAUCAAAAUUGUUUGAAUUGACCCUAUCUGUUGCCAGUCUGAAGAGAAAUCCCUUAAGCUUUCUCCUUUUUGUCAUGUACCAUCUCCCUUUGUCAGUUCACGUCCAAGGUGUUUUUCUUAGGGAUAGCAGGAGCUCUAGCAAUAUCUACCUUUAUAAAGCCUUCAAUGAGGGAGCAAGAGACUGAGGAGGAGGGUGUGGGGAGAAGGGUGAAGUGUACUGGGUGAGUGUCUGACCCUGGAGUACCUUCUGCUGUCUCUGAGAACCUCAGCCUUAUCAGGAAACACACUUGUAGCUUCUGUGGCAAAGGAUGGCAACAAAAGCAACUUUGUCCACCACAAUGACUAUUCAGAAUUGAGGCCUGGAUUUUAAAACAAAUGUAUUUGGAGCAUAGAUGUGGAAAGGACGAGAAGCACAAGUGUUGCUUACUGGGGGCCCUGCAGACAGAAAAUUAUUGUGUUUCUAACGCUAUUGAUUUUUUGCAGCAGCUGAUAUUUCAAUCUGAGUGCAGCAUGUCUGAGAGUCUACGCACACUGUCAAGAAGAAAUAUGAUAGUGUCUUAAAAGAUUAAUAAUAUCACUGGUCCUCAGGAGGCCUGUCUUAAUUCACUGGCCUGUUCCUUGGCAUGUACUGUAAUUUAUCUAGUCUGAUUUGAAUAGCAAAUGGCAAUCGGCUGCCAUUAGGGAAAUAGGCAUCAGUCUUAUUGAUCCAGGAUGGGCUGGAUUUUAUUUAAGGAGAGCUGCAAAAUGUUAUUAACUUCCGGAUGAGAGGCUGGAGGUGGAGAAUUUUUUGCAGUGUUCCAAGGCAGAGUGAAUUACACUGAAUCCUAAAAGUCCUGAAAUAGAUAAUAGGAGGGGGGUGAUCAACUGCUACCACUUUGUUUUCAAAGACACCAGUUAUUUCCAGCACUGCUGUUCUCUUUCCUGGGCUCUCUGUCUGUCUGUGUGAAUGACUUAGUUGUCUUUGUUCGAGGCAAGGGUACUAACAUUUGGGGAGAAGAAAAAGGGAUGGAUGAUCUUCCUCUUGGUUCAGGUAAAGCUUUUUACCUUUGUGAGAUUCACUGUGACACAUGAAUUGUGGGUUUUCCAGGUCCCUCACUAUGCUUCACAAGAGCUCUGCAGUUUAACCUCCUCAUGGGGAAUAUGUAAUCCUUGCUGAUGCUCUGCAUUAUGUGUUUGGAAUGGCCAGCAGUGCUUCCUGAGGGGGGCAGCUGAUGUGGCUAGAAGGGAGGUGAUACUGCAUUGGCUGUAAAUGUCCUGUCCUGGAUCCCUUUUCAUACCAGUUCUUGCCAGCAGUCACCAUGAAGAAUAAAAAGAGGUUUUGGAUAAUAUUUAGGUGCUCCAAAUCCAGUUUUAUUUUUUAGUAGAUAAUGUUGUUAAGUAUCAUGCUGAGCUGUGGAUGUGAGGAAGUCUGAUGCAGUUUCAGUCUCUACACUUACACAGAAACAAUAUCUUAUGGCAGUAUUUGGAGUCUGAAAACUAAAGCCAUUUUUAUAAAACUAAUCAUAAAGAACUAAAAUUACAGCAAAUACCUUGGGAAAUUUCCAGUCUCAUGGGGUGCCACUGUGGAAUAACCUCCCCAGGGAAGAGGUGGGAGCCCAGUUAUUUGGCACUCUCUAAAGUUAGACUAGAUAGAGCAUUGGGAAAAAUAGCAUAAGGAAUACCCCAGCUCAGGUGGGAGGAUGGACUAAAUGAUUAAGUACCACAGGUCUCUCCAGCUUUAAUCGCUGUAACUCUUUGAUACAUCAGACUCUCCCAGCAGGAAUCACUAAAAAGAAAGACCCAGGAGUGCUGUCUAUUAAAAGCUCAGAGCCACUUCUGCUCCAUCAGGAGACACUGUAAGGAGCAGUGGAGGAGUGUGGUACGUAGGGGGAGUUCAAAGCUCCCCUCCAGUCCCACUCUUCCUGGGAAGCUGGCUCCUCACGGAGCAGUGUGGGAAUGGUGACUCCGGGGAGCUCACAGGCUGUCCUGCACCAGGCUCCCUGCAGGAGGCACUGGGAGGACUGGGCUGGGGUUCCUUUUUCGGGAGGUGGGAAGCAUGCAGUGGAGAAAGGGAUGGGGAAUGGAGGGUGCUCUGGUCACUGUUGGCUUUUUACCUUUGUGAGAUACAAGCAGUGUUACCUUUGAGAAGAUUCUUGACGCUCACAAGAGAAUCUUACCGACCGACAUCUUUUUCCAACAGUAUUCACAAUAAAGAGGAAAGUGCAGCAACAUUUCAGAGAAGUAGCUUCUUGUUGCUUGCAUUCAUUUUGUACCUUAAACAUGGGGUUAGAGAAGAAAGCUCUACAGGAAAUGACCACGAACAAAAGCAAUAAAAUAAAUUGAAACUGACUUCGGGGCUUUCUUGAGCAGUGGUAAUUGCUAUACAUUGUGAUGUUUGCAUAAGAAAUUAGUUAAUGUGUAAGAGAAUGACAUGUGAUAUAUUUUAUUUGCCUGAUGACUGUAGUCUCUGAGUGAAUGACUUAUUAAGGUUAAUAAAAAAAAAUUUGCUUGUGACUUGUAAUAAUUCGAUUGCUCGAAUUUAACGUUCCCUUAUGCACAGUUGCCUAAAGGGGGGAAACUAAAUUAUACAUACGUUCUAAUGACUGGCUGGCUAUGCUUUUAUUUAUUCCUUAAUAGCGGUUUGAGAACAAACAAUGUGUUCUAAAUUGUUGGUCUGUCUGUCUUUCUGCCUGCCUGGGCAGGGACGUUAUGGCUUUCUUAAUUCUCCUGUGUGAUUUAUCAUCCCCAAUUCAUUGUUUUGCAUAACUCUGCUCAAAAUGAAGAAAUGUCAUUAUUUUGCAGUGAAAAAGUUGUCAUUUGCAUAAUGCCUGCCAUUAAUUAUUGUGAGACUAAUGCAGUUGUUGAUAUUUUUAGGGCACAGUGGUACAUCCUGCACCUUGUAUAAUGUCAUUCUGAAAACAUGGGUAGUUAAUAGGUGCCACAAAACUCCACAAAUUCAAGAAAGGAAGAGAAGAAGAAGAGGAAGGGCACAUAAUGGAGCAGUCUGUGAUCUUUAUUUAGAUUUUUCUUUUCCUGAAAUACAUAUUGAGAGAUGACUAUAAACAGAAGCAAAGGCUAGGAAGCUGUGACACCCGAGAGAAUGAGUUAAUGAAGAAUCAGAAAUGUUCCUUUCUACAUAUGUUAGUCAAGGUAGACCUAAAUAAACUGUCUCAUGCUGAUGUUCCCUGGAAUUUGAAAAGACUCCUGGCAGUAGUUAGUGACUAUUAUCCCAUAACUGGCAGUUCUUCCUCUCAGAAGAGUCAUUUGUUAUUUGUUUUAGUGGCUUAUUUAUUUUUACAAUGGAGUUAUUUUAUGAUUCUUUUUCAAACAUAUAAAGAGAAAAGGGCAGCUUUCACGUGACAACCUUCUGCCCCAUGAUGGUGGGCCGUUUCUGAGCCUGUGGUUGUGAUUGUAUGCUAAUGGAAAGAAAUUACUUCAGAAGACCAUUAAACAUAACAGAUCCUAGGGCUUUUGGUAUCUUUACUAGGAAAUAAGAAGCUCUUCAUCCCUUUGCCAUUCUACAGGUCUACUAUGUCCUUUCUCUGUUUGCUGAUGUAUCUUAAAAUGCCAGAAGGAGAAAACAUGGCCAUUUAGUCCUCAGAUCCUGAGAUUCACUGCUUCCAGAGGGAUGUCGUUUUCUGCCAUUAGAAUUAAAACAACAACAAAGGAAAUUAAACCACAAAAGUUCAAAUAAUGCUAAGAGUCUAACUGAAACCCACAAAGGGCAGGAAAUUCAUCUCCAAAUAUUGCCAGUCUGUCCUCAGCUCACCCUAUUGUCACAGAGAACUGAAAGUUGUUUCUACAGUGUAUGAUCUUACAGACCACAAAUGCUGCAAUAUGUAGGCACAAUAAGGAGCACAAUAGAGGAACAGACACUGAGCUUUAUUCUCAGUUUCUUGGAUGUGGUAGGUGUGAGACAGACACUUAAGGUAGCAGAACAUAAGGCUAUUUUUUAAUGUGUUUUCAUGCACUUUGAACACAAGUGCAGUAUAUAAAGAGUGUUUCAUAAAGUUGUCAUUCCUAGUUACAAAUUACACCGCAACUAUAAAUUACAAUCUUUUAACAUUACAGAAACUGUCCGUGUGUCAGUGGUUGAUUUCUUACAUCCAUACCACUGCCCCUGCUUGAGACUUUUUAGAAAAAUAUAAUUUUAAAUACCUUAUUCUGGCAAGAAUCCUAGAGAGUGCAAAUCAGAAGGAGAAAUUUCUGCAUAAGAUUGUAACAACAGAAUGUCAUAACUUCACUCUUCAUUGUACCAAUGAUCUGAAUGCCUCCAUGGGCUUUGCAAAUCUUGCAGCAAUGUAUCCUUUGAGACACUUUUCGUAAUUCAUAGGAUUAGAGAGAUGGUGUGGUAGGAAAGAGGUCCCUGUCCAUGGUAUCCCACCCCCACUGGAGAGGUUUAUGCUACAGAUCUGUAGAGCUGUAGAUCUGAUGGAAGAGCAAGAAUUCUUGGAGAGAAUUCUGUGAGAUGAGUUCAGGAGAUGCUCAGCACCCCUUAGAAUGAACAGAUCUUUGAAACAGGCUCCCUAUGCAGCCACAAAAAAAAUUCACAUAAUUUCUCUCAUAAUUUUCAUCAAUGAGGAAUUAAAAUAAUUCCAGACAUCUGAGGGUACAUUGUAAGGAUUAAUUCAGCAAGAUUGUUAAGAUAUUCAGAGGCUAUAUUGAUGAGUACCACAGAAAAUCCAGAAACAAAACCCCAUCUUAUUUCAUGCAAGACUUGGAUGCCACUCAGUAAACAAGGCUUGGGGCCACACACUGAACAGAGAGGAUAAAAAAAAAGAGUAUUUGAAUUAGUCUCAUUCCCUGGAUGCUAUCCAUUAUACAGAGCACAAAAUAUACAAUCAUAACAUGGAAGAUUGUAUUGUAACACUACAGCUGUUGUGACAGACUUCAUUUCGAUAUUUUCAUACUUUUGCGUGCUUUGCUCUGUGACCUGAAUGUUUUUGCUUGGUUUUAAAAGGCAUUUUUGAGCAUAACAUGCAAAAUAGAGUAAGUGCAGCUCCCACACAAAUCACUCCAUAGUGUGAAUGCUGAACAGCCAUUAGAGCCAAAGGGGGUAUCAUCACUGGUAAUUCCGUAAGUUUGGUGGUUUUCAUCUCAGAAACGAAUAUCACCUAUUGGAAUCUCAUCCAGCUAGGAAAAUAUGUUGUAUCUCUAUAUCAAAAGUCUCCCAAAAGAAUAUCUUGUUCUCCAAACUUUUCUCUGUUUCACUCUUAACAUUUUGUCCUUAAUGUACACUUUAACUAUGGUUGUACCUGGAGAAGGAUAUUAAUCAACAUCUAGUAUGUUGACAGUGCAAUUGUAAAUCAUCAGUUGCAGCCAUAAUCCAUGUGUUCCAUAAAUUCAUUUUGAAGCCAGAAUCUCUGUAAGCUGUGUGUUAGCCAUGUAGAAGCUUAGCUGCUGUCUGAUACACAUCAGAUUGGUUCAUUCUGCUCUACAGAAAUGUACAUUUCUUAGUGUGGAGUAACAUUUUCUGCUUUUGCAUCAUUGUGUUAAAUAGCCCUGAUGGAAAAGCCUAAGCUCUAAGCUCUAUUUUCUGAUUUUGUCCGGUUGCUUUUUGAAACCAUUUUUCCUUCUGGCAUCGAAAGCAUCCUGUGCUGAUGAAUUCCACAAUUUAAUUACAGACUGUGUGAAAACAUACUUCCUUUUGUUUGCUUUCAACCUGGUGCUUGAUAACUUCUUUGGAUGCUUUCUAGAAAUGUGUAAUGAGAAAUAGGGAGCAAUUAUUAACAGUUCACCUUGUACUUGUUUGUUAUGAUUUUAUCAAGCUCCUUUAUAUUUCUCUCAAUCAUUCAUUUUCCAGGGCAAAGAACCCAACUAUUUUUAAUCUGUCCUUGCACAGAAGUUGUUUUGUGCUUUGAACAUCUUUGUGCCCUUUUCUUCAUCUUUCUGGCUGCUUAUUUCCUCUUUCGUCUUGAGAGUUGAAACCCACAUAGACUGUUCAGUAUGUGAGUCUACAACGGAUUUUAUUAAAAGGAUGUCAUGAUUUUAGUUUUAUUUUCUAGUUCUUUCUUAAUAAUUCCCAAGGGGUUUUUUAAGGGUUUUUCUCCUCCUUUAUUAUCAGUUCUGAAUAUUGAACUAGUUCUAUUUCAUAGGUAUAUCCACAAGGAUUCCAUGCUGUCUUUCCAGUGUAGCAAUACCUAAAUUAAAUCCUAUUUUGUUGUAUGAAUAUUUAGUAUUUUUUUUCUCCUGUGUCAUGAUAACUUUCUUUUAGAAAAUUACUUUGGUGAGGAUUGUCAUUUUUUUUUUUAAUUUUUAGCAUCAUAUACCCAUUGCCUCCUUUUGAGAACUCUAUGGAUUUGUGAAUCAAAAUUUCCAUCUGCAAAAAUUCAUGUUGUAUCUUCCCUGCUUUAUCUACUCAAGUGUCUGUGAUUAUUUAUUAUAAUUUCUACCAGCUUCUGUGGCAUAGACUACAGACCGAGUGAUCUAUGUGGAUCUUCCUAAAGCCCUUUUUUACUAUUGCCAUUAAAUCACUUUCUGUUCUUUUGUUGUGGAAGAGUUAUUAGUUAAGCUCUUUCGUGACUGAGUUUUUUUAUAACAGUUUCUUUUAUAACUAUUAGAUGGGAAUCAUUUAUUCUUUCCAUUGCACAUUUUCUCAGAUUUAACCUUCCAGGGGAGGGGUUUAACUUGUAAGCCUUUUAAAACUACUCUGUAGUGAACAGAACUGCAAGGAAUUUAUUUGGGAUUUUUGUGCCUUGAACACCCCUUUUGCACCUCAUCUGUUGGCAGAAACAGAUUUUAUAUAAGGUGUCCAGAAAUGUUAUUUAUGGCUUUAAACAGUUCUUCCUCAAGAUUUUCAUGUGCCUGCCUUAGUCAACAUUUUCUUUAUAAAAAAUUAACAAAACAUACACUUUUUUUCUGCUUUCUGUGUUUCAAAAUAACUUCCUCUUUUUGAAUGGUGUCUUUUUCCUUCUAGUAAAUCCCUUCACUUGGCUUGCUUUAAAAAUCCUAUUAGUUUCUUAUUUUCACAUGUGGCUAUACAUUUGUUUUGUGAGUUAUAAGUAGAAAUUAAUUACUGCAGUACAACUUGCAAGGUUCUUGCAUUUAAAGGAACUACAUUAUGCAUUUCUCCUGGAGAUUUUUGCCCUCUUGCAUAGGAUUUUCCAUCUAAAGUGGCAACUGAAUUACGACAGUUUACAACCCAGCAUAUUCAGGUAAGUCAGAACUGUUUAGGGAUCUCUUUAGUACAUCAGGCUGUGUCUACCGGGCAAACUGCUGAGAUGUUCCUCAAAAUUAUUGAGGCAGAUGACUGGGGGUCAGGAUUAUUACAGCUGUUCUAAGGAAAGGCUUUCCUGUUACUUGUAAGAGAAGUGAAUCUCUGAUAACAUAUCUUCUAACAGUAGCAUCUUAAAACAUUGUACCCUUAGCUGCUUCUUUUUAAUUUCCUUUCUUCUCUGUUCCUUAUUCUAAAUAGAAUUUUGUUCCUGAAAUGGUAUAUUGCUGUAGUGGAUUAUUUGUUGUUAUUUUUUCAGUCCUAUAGAGAACUGAAUUUUCUUGUGUUAUGUUCAUUAUUACAAAGUGGUUCUUUAAUAUGCAUAUAUUAAAGUAGGCUUAGUUAUCUUAGCUCUAAAACAAAGUUGCUCAUUCUUCCUUAGGUUUUCUGCCUCUGAAGUCUUCCAUUUUGCUUUUCAUAGUCACUAUCAGCAUUUUAGUAGGAUGGUCCAUGGUAUGAUUCUAACACCAUGCUCUUUCUUUGUAGGCAUGGAAUUAAAACCCAUGGAGAUUUUUGUUACUUUUUAAUUUUUACCUAUUCCUUUUAUUUAGAUAUAUUGUAAUUUACAGCAGCAAUCCCUCAUCUGUAUAUCCUGCUCUGAUUAUUAUGAAGUGUACCCUAGUAUUGCAAUGUACAACAUCUUCUCCAGCUGCUGAACCUGUCCUUUAUGUCCUUUUUUUUUUAAUUAAUUUUGCAUUCCUCUUAGUCCUUAGUUUUUGUAUGGAGGUGCUGGUUGUUUAAGAUACUCUACUGAGAGUGACAAGCAGAUUUGUUUUGACUGUUGAGGCAGUUCUUUGCUAUAUUUGGUAUCUGAUUUUUAUCAACUUAUGUUCUUUUGAUACAGAGUUCUCAUGGUUUCACCCAAAGUUGAUGCAUUUUUCUGGUCUGUGUACAGUUCUGUACCUCUUCCCUUAAAAUCUCUCAGACAGCUUUUUUUAAUCUGCUCCACCUUCCCUAGUUAGAAGCAUUUCUCCUUUGUAUGAUCCCUCACAUCUAAAGGAUUCUUAAGCUAAACUUCUCCUAAAUAAAGACUAGCCUCCAAAAAGAGCAAUUUUAAUGUACUAGCUGAGUUGCUAGCAUCCUAUUCAGCCAGUCACUCAUUCAAACUAAUACACUUCUGGGAUUAGAAAUUUGUCAGAUUGAGCUCACAAAGUAGUUUUGCUUUUAUGUUACAUAUUGGCUGACACAUUUCCCUGUCUUUUGGCUUGUCAAAUUUCCUGCCUCCCACAAUCUUGGGGAUGCCUCUACCCCAGAGGACCUACAAGACCUGGAAGCCCUCCCAGAAAUACACUGUAAAAUAUAUUUUAAAUGGGUUUCAGAGUACAUCAGAAUCUCAAUUAUCUAAAGAACAUGGAAAGGACACUGAAUAGGGCUUGAUAAUCGCGUUUACCAGUAACCAAAAUGUCCUGCAUGCCCAUGGAUCUGUGGAAAUAAUUAGUAAUAGAAGCAAUUUACCAUUUAAUUAAUAAAUGACAAGGGGCAAAACCUUGUCUGGGUUCACUGAAUUUGGAUAAUUGAGGCCCCACUGUAUUUUAAAAUCUGAAAUAUUAACUAUUAUUCUGUAUGCUUGAGAUAAUAAUCGUUUAAAAAGUGCGCACGUAAUAGGACCUAAGCCUGGUUGUAUUAUUUCUAUAAAGGAAGAAUUUCAUAAUGUCCUACAUGCAGAGCUUUGCCCUGUAAGAAGAGAUCACUUUUUUUCUUAAAGUAUCUGGACUCUCUGUCCUUAAAUAUAUAGAUCUGUGUCAUCUUUGGAUCUGUAACUACAUUCAGGAGCCAGUGAGGGAUUACAGAGGGCAAUGACUAACCUCUCACCACGAUGAGUAAGAACUAGGGCAGCAGAACAUCUUCAGAGUGGUUCUUAUCUCAGCUGCCCACAAAGGAAUUUAAGAUUGAUGGAGAUAACUCAAAUUUUAUAAUGAAAUAAGAAAGACACUAGAAUUGGUGCCUACCAUAAAUAGCCAUUCGGAAUAGAAAGUGGAUUGUGGAAAGCUGGGAUUCAAGACAGACAUUCUUGGCUUAUAGUAUAUUCUAGUGGAUUUAACUGCCAUAAAACACUGGUUUGCUGCCUCUUCAAGUCCUUGAAAAAAGAGUUCCAGGCUUCUGCCUUCCUGAGUUUUGCAUGUCUCUAGUGCCAUCUCACACAUUUAGUAGUUCCCACCUCUGCCAUUGAAGCAGUAUGACUGAAGAAAGAAUGAGCCUGUAAAAGAUGACAUCCUUAGCAUCACUCCUAAGAUGUCAAUAACUGUGAUUCCCUUCUAUUUCUCUCAAUCAUGUUCUCUCAAUCAAUGCAUGUUCUUUACAUUCUAUGUUUUUGUCCCCCCAAAUCUCCUCCAUUCUGCCAUGGUUCUAAGGGAUACUGCAGAAGAAAAUUGAUGUGGUCAUAAAUGAGACUCUGCAUUUAAAUCUGAAAGAAGGGAGAAUGGGAAAAGUCUAAUCUCCUUCAGAAGGGCUGUCCACUGUUAGAAACCUGCUACUGGAAGCAAUCUAUUCCUGUCCCCAGGAGGCUGACUGUAAAUCAGUUUGGUUUGUACUAUCCUUUUCAAAUACACAAUAAACAUCAGAGAAUAGGCAGUCCUUGCAGAAAUGUAAUUCCAGCCCCACACAGAUAUUUCAUUCAUAAGAAAUCAGAGAAACUAACAAUAAAACCGUGCUGUGAAGUUGUAGGUGUCAGGGAGUUCUAUCUGUUGCUUCUGAAGAAGAAAGUAAAAUGGUUCGUUUCAGUCAAGUUGGUGCUGUGCUCACCACAUAAAAAAGUGUAACAGAAUUUGGUGUGUACAGUUGUUUCUGCUCAAGAGAUCCAUUACCAGAAAAGGGGGGCAUUGCAUCAGAAAUGAUGAGUUGGCACCAUUCAUGGUGGUCAGGGAAGCUUGGUUAUGCAAUGAGCCAUAUCCUGCUCUCAUGACUCUGUGAGUAGCUCCGUUGAAGUCAAUAGUAAUUACAUCCACUAAAAUCAGUAGAACUACUUGCAUCAAUAAGAUAAGUAAGAUUUGGCCCAAAGGUUGGUUGAUAUCAAUGUUUUUAAUCUCUCAUUUUCAUAAGUGCUAGGUUCAUUCAAGCAAUUUAAAGUGAGGUGAAUAAAGAACAUUCUGUGCUUUGAAUAGUUUGGCAUCAUACGCAGACAGAGGAUGUGAUUAAUACCAUAUUGUUGGCUUUGUUCUUUGCUUUUCAGUUAUGGCUGGCAAUGUCCUUUUCAGAAUUGCUGGUAUCCCCCCAAGCCUGUAUAAACAGUCUCUACAGAUUUUCUACGAUGCCCUAAGAUUUUUUCUGUACUCAGUGUACUAUGUUGCUGUAUUCAUUACCCUCCCAUCAGGACUAUAAUGUUCCUGAUGUGCUACUCUGACACCACCAGAACUGACAUGGAGCGAUGUGUGUCAUGUGUUAACUUGACAAUAUUUCCCAAAAAGAUACGUUAUCAGAAUUUUCUUGAGCAUAACCAUGGCACUCUUUUGUAGUCGUGCUCCUGGGAAAACCUGUGGAAGCACACUGGUUCAGUCAGUGGUGGUAGAUAGGAAGUUUGGCUUGAAUUUCAGACAUUAUAGUUCACGUGACUGCCUAAAAUGAUAGAAUUAGGGCAUAAGCAAUGAAAAAUGGAGAGUCUUGUUCUUUUCGUAGAUCUGCAAGCAUAGAAUACUUGGAGCAUGAUACUCUUGAUAUUUUCUACUGGAAACAGUCAAUAUAUGAGAUUACUGUUAAAGCACAGCUAUGAUUUCUGCAGAAAUAUGAAUGAGGAAUGGCAUUGCUGAAGAUUGAGCUAUAGUGCCAAUGUUGGUGAAAUCCCAUUUUUAGCAAUUCUACCCUCGUUUUACAUUUUUUCAAGAAGUAAUACACCAUAUUUUUAUUUCCCUCCUGCAUACUUCCUGACAGUAACUUCUGGGAUGGGCCUUUUUUGUCACCCGGAAAAUACUUAAAAAAAAAAAAGCAAGGACUGAUAGUUGUCUGUGCUAUUUAGCAUGUGUCAAUAAGUGAAAGCCUUACCACAGUCAGAAAAGAUUCAUUAAUAUGCCAUGAAAUCCUGCAUUGGCUUCUCAGAAGAGAAUUCCAUUUUGUUGUGUUCUCACUGAUGUGACAUUCAGGACAAGUUCUGCUUUCAAUGUGAGGUCAUUUGACUGAUAUGAAAGGAUUUUUACUGAUUUAACAGCAGAAUACAUAAGUUAUGGUUACACAGGGGUAAAGGGAAAAAAAUGUUACAUAGAUAACACCUGCCUGUUCAUAGUAUUAAUACAUUCACUUGUUAAAUUCCUUAAGGAGUUUCAUAUAUUCCCCCUAUGUAUAUACUCCCUGGUGUUCCUUAGGUUGGAAUUUUCUCCAAGGUUUUGAAAAUCUGAAACUAUACUCCCUGCUGAUACUCUGGGAGUUCUGGCCCAUAUGUCUCUGCGGAUACAAUUUGCUCAGUUUUCCUGGAUGUUUGAGGUAUCUUCAGGUACUAUGCAGGAGGGGGAGGUAAGAUAUGGAUCACCAGAUGAGGGAUGAGAAGGAUUAAUCCUUGUGAAAGCAGAAGACUGUUACUCAAGUCUUUGCACAAUGAAGUAUUCCAUGUGAAUACAGCUACAGUGAAUAGCCCCCUCGCAAGUUUUAUCUUGCAUUGUUUAUCCCGCUACACUUAUAUUUGAUGACCCACUUUAUAAACAAUUCAUCGAAGUUUAUAGUUGAUUUAUCAGCAUUUUAAGAUCAUUUUUGAGAUGGAUAGUAAGUAUUACAUGUUUUGUAAGCACAUCACAGAUCUAUCUGUAGGUUGUUAUAAACAUCAAUUGGCUUCUUCCACUCAGUCCUUUCUAACAGCUAAUAAUAAUUUAUUGAAGCCUUUAUUAAUAAUUUUCUAAACUUUCAGAAGUAGCAUUCUUGAAAGUAUGACCUACUGACUAUGUAAGAAAUGUGUAUGUUCUGCGUGGAGAGUAAAAAAUGGACAUUACAAAUGCAAAUUCUUCCUAAAACAGAAUUGGACAAUAAUGAUAAAAACUCUUUUUAAGUUACACUGCUGUCCAAGCAUUUCUUCCAAUCAGUUGUUGUCGAGCAUUAUCACAUCUUUUAGCAAUCACAUCUGAAAAAAUUCUCACUUGUAGAUACUUACAGAAAUCAUAAGAAGGUAAAUUAAUUUUAAUCCUGAGCAGCUGAAAAUUCAGUAGGGUUGUGCUCUAGUAAAAGCUUUUAAAGAUUGAUAUGCCUCAGAACACUGUCUUUUAUAAUUAAAUCUUUCAGACUGGUAGAAUGGCCAAAGGAUUCUGACUGUGUUAUUAUAUUUACCAUUUAUUACUUUUCCCUGUAUUUCUGAGGAGAUGAGAGCACUGGAGGUCAAGAGUAUGAGAGGAAACUGGCCUUUGCUAAAUUUCUUUUCAUCGCUUUGGCAUUUUUGACUGGAUUUUAUUCUUAAGAAUAUGGGUAUCUCUAUAUACAUCCAAUUGUGGCUCUUCAGAUUCAGGUUUUCUGGUCAUGGUGGCUGGUAUUUGUCUUUCUGGCUUUGAAACUUCGAUUGAAUGAUUACUGCUAGGUCUCUUUGUGCUGCAAUUGCUUGUUUCUAAUUCUUAGUUGUACCAAAUAAAAAGAAAUAAUAGAAAUACUUCUUAGACUUUUAGGAAUUGUAUCACUGUAACCAGUGAUAUAACCAGUGAUAACCUUGGCUUAUAAACCAUUAUUUAUAUAUCUAUUUAUAUACUGUUAUAGAUAAAUAUAUAAUUAUAUAUCUACUUAUAGAUACUAUUUAGUAUUUAUAGUAUCAUUAUACUUUUUGGAAACUGAAUUUAGGGUAACUGAGAACUUGCAUAUAAGUUUUAAUGAUGUAAAUCAGUUCAGUCAGAUAUGUUCAUUUACAGGUUGGAUUUGCAGAAGUAUCUAUUAGCCUAGAAAAAAGCACCUAGUUGAAUGUGUACAGAGAAUUGUUACUUUCUUCUUGGACAUAUUUACAUCAGGUGGAUCAAAGAGUCCUUAGGCUUUGUGGAGACGCACAAUGAAGAUGUGAUCUCUAAAGCAAGAUGUCAUUCCGAGAUAGGGAGAUCUGAUAGUGUACAGAUGAUGGUGAUCUGAGUCUCUAUUAGUCUCCAGCAGCUAUCACAAACAAAAUACAUGAUGAAGGAUGUGCCUUUGCUGCUACUGAAGGUAGUAUAAAAGCAUACUGAUACUUCUAUGAUCUGCUCUGUUAACCUGUGCAGCUUGGAGUCAAGCUUCAUAUUUCUCAGCAGGACCUAGUCAAAUAAAGCCAUACAUAGGAAAAUACCUUAAUUUGUUCUGGUGUAGCUUCUAAAUUCCUAUCUGCAAAGAUUUCACAGACCCACUAAGGUCUAGUCCAAUCCUUCAGCUCAAAGCAGCUUUACCUGGAGCAUAUUGCUGAGUGCCAUGUUGAGUUAAUUUUUGAGUAUCACCAAGGAUGAAGAUUCUACACCCUCUCUGAGUAGCAAUUCCAAUGUUUGAGUACCCUCAAGACCAUUUUCAUAUACGAAAAUAUAUUUCAUAUAUUCAGAAUUACAUAGAUUUCCACUUGUGCCCAUCCUCUCAUCCUUCCAUGGGAAGACAUGGUCUUCCUUACUGCCCUACACCAGGUAUUUGCUUUGGUUCCCCCUGAGCCUUCAAGAAAACUUUCUGAGAUAAUUAUCUACAAAAGUCUCACUCAGUAACUUUUAGUGCUUACAGCAGGGAGUAGGAUACUUUUCUUCCAUUGUGUUAGGACACAGAUAAUUUUGCAAAAGUUCUGAAGGAAAUUUGGGAUGACCAAUUUAAGUUAUGAGUGGUAGGAUUAAAAUAGUCAGUUCCUUAAGUUUUUGUCAGCUUUGGUUGAGGUAAUUCAUUAUUUUGGUCAAGAUAAUCUACGGAGUUAAAGAAUUUUUUCUUUUCUUUUUGUUUUCCUCUGUUUCAAGAACUUUUUUUCUGCUGGCUUCUAAGGGAAAACAAGGCUGUUUUCUGUGUUCAGAGAGUCACAGAGUAUUUAAGAGCUAUAAAGAACAAGGAGCUCCCACCCUGUUUCCAUCUUCAAGUGUUGCUGGCCAUGUGGAAGCCUCUACUUCAUGAAGAAAGGAUGAGGGUGCCAAGUUGCGCCUGUGUAUCUGAGGCUUAAGGCUUUGUUUGUUAGAAAGCAGCAUUGAUCAGUCCUUCCUGAGAAGGUUUCAGCCCCUUCUAUGCAGAGCUGCUAAACAGACUUGGUUGGUUUACAGCAUCCAUGUCAUUCUUUGAAUUUCACUGAGCUCAUUGAAAGAAUUCUCUUUUAUAAUUUUUCAUUGCUGUUUAUGUGUUGAUUAAUUGGGCAAAUAUUUUCUUCUAAUAUUAUGAAUGCUUAUAGUUGGUCCUUGAAAUUCUGAUUCAACACAUUAGUGCAUGGCCUGUGUAAUUUAUUUACUUUUAAACUGACAUAUUUUGGGCAGUUUCAGCUUUUUUAAGAUUAUUCAAGAAUGUGAACAUUGGAAUGGACAGCUGGUCUUUACCAUUUUGUCUUAGAAGGUCUCAGACAUAUACUGAGGCCCAAUAUGUGGCCCCCUAGAUGUUAGCUAAUAUAAUUGCUCUAUUUGAAAGGAUUGAUAUUUUUACUAAAGUAAUUAAACCAGAUCAACUUCAUGCAUGUGUAUGGUUAUAUUAAUGUAAUAUUGAGUUAUAAACCCAUAGAGUUGCAUCAGUAUAAAAUGACAUAAGUCCUUUUUUUGAGGGAAAGGAAGGAUGGGGUUUAAAUUUGUGUAUUUUAAUUUAUUUGGAAAUAGAGUGUUACUUUAAUUUCAAUUUUAACAUACCAUUAAAGCUGCUCCACUUGAUAAUGUAGUGUAAGAUCCUAGCUAUCAGUUAGUAGCUAUCUAAUAGAAGGAUUCCUAAGGAGGGAUAGAUGUAUGUCAGAUGCUGAGUUCACUUAAGCAAUGUAAGAUGUAUUAAACAUUUGUCCCAGCCUGUAUUUUUCAGUGCAAGGUAUAUAUACAGAGAGAAGGGUACAUUUCUUGAACUCCAGUAAUAUUCACUCUCUUUGUCAUAAGAAAGGAGAGAGUUUACAUUUAACAGGUUCCUUUUGUGUUCUACCUACAAAAUUUCAAAGACUGCUGAACAAAUGAUUCAGGAGUUUGUACAUUUGUGCAUCAAAGAAGUGCUUGAAUACUUUCUUACACAUAGAAAGGUACAUUGUAGGGCACCCUCAAAGAAAAACUAUAUUCUGUAAUCAAUCUGCCUCCACGUGAAUAAUUAAAUAAUGUUUUCCAAUUUAGAAAUCCUCUUAAACACACUACAACUAUAACUAUCCUGCUGAGAAAAAAAUUAAUGGACUAGUUGCUAGAUGGUCACUGCUAAAGAUGUCAUAAAGGCAGAGUCAUUACAGUAAUCACAAACUGUCAUUCGUAGCAGUAUUUAGUAUUUUCAUAACAGAUCCUGCCAGACUGAUGGUGCUUAGAUAAUGCAGGAGCUAACAAAAAUUCUUUCUCUUUUCUUUCAAAUUGGCAUUUUAUUUGUAGAUGGCAAAGCAGCAAAACUUUUCAAGUAGAGUGUAUCUCCUGUUACUAAGUAACUUGAGCUGGGCAGUUAAAAAACUAGUAAGUUAACAUGAUGGAAUUACAUUUUUUAAAAUUUUGAGAUGGCUGUGUCAGCCCCUGGGGUAAGGAUAACUUUAACAGUGAGGAAAGCCUGAACAGAGUUUUGUUCAGUAGCUGCAGUACAGUGUAAUGAUUGAGAAAUGGGAAUAUUAAGACUAAAAGAAAUUAAAUGAAGAUACAUAGCAAAUCUGUGUGAAAAGUAUAUAUAUUAUAUUUAAAUACCAUCUUGUCAGCAGAUUUUCUGAAAACCCUUUCAAAUGGACCAUUUAAUACUGGAUAAGCAUAAAAUUACUACAGGAGCUGUUCUUCAGUGUGAUCAAGUGAAUGAAAGAAUUAUCCAAAAGUCUUUGAUUUUGUAGUAGUAUUUCUGGUUUAGUUAUUAAACAUGAUCUUGACAUAAAAAGUCGUCUUAAGGGGUUGGAGUUUUUUUCUGAUUUUGAGUUACAGAACUUGCUUGGCGUUUUUAAACACACCCUAAUUAUAAUUUGUUUAUUUCUUAAGUUAAUGUAUUUAUUCUAAGUUAAUUCCUAAGUUAAUGUACUUAUUACCUGGUUUUCAGAAGAGACUGGGUUUUUAGAAUUAAGUAUAGUUUCUUACUCCUGGAAAAUGCCGGGAUAUGUUGUUGUACCCUAUUUGAAGUUUUGCAGGAUUUAGAAAGGAUUAUGGGUAAGGCUGUCUUCUUCAGCUGCCCUUGAUACCCAGAGGGUUCUUUGUAUCUUAUUUCUUUAGCCUAUAUACCCAGUAGUUUUUGACUUAGGGAUCCCUUCCCCUUUCAGAAGAGUCACGAGGUCAUGUAUUAAAUCAGUUCAUUUUCACUGCCUUAUGAACAACUGGGAAGCCAAAAUGUCCCCUCUUCUGCAAUGAGGGGGACAGAAAGAAAUCCCCAGUGACUUCUUGCCUGGCUUUGCUCUCAUAUUGUGGAAACACCUCCUCCACCUUGGAGGUGUGUUGCAACUUAGGAUUGGUAGGAUAUGAAUUAAUCAAGUACUGAAUUAAGGUUAUCCCAUAGAAACAUGCUAUGAUCUGUUAAGAUAACUGGCCUGGUGGAAGCUUUAUCACAUUAUGGUAACACAGAGAGCAUUACUGUCACAUACUCCACUUCCAUCAUCUCCCCUGGCAGCUCUCAUUAUCUUAAAAGAAGCCUCCCCAGCAACCAAAAAGGUUGAGGUGAGCUAUAACUCCAAUCUAAGUAAUAGGACAGAAUACCUGCAACUCUGUCUGGUGAUCCGGGGAACUGUGGCAUGAUGGUUCUCCUCAUGUGAAGAUGAAUACUUCCAUUUAUUCUCUGUUAAUUUGGGAAAAUGAUGUUUAUUUUUAAGGCUUAAGGAAUGUUUGGUCUUAAAAUUGCCAGAUUAACCUGGGUCUGAGGUUGUACCUUCUUCUUUCCCUUUAGGGAAUGCUCUCCUGGACUGGCAUAGGGCAGCCUAACUCUUGCCUUUUAAUGACUAGCCUGAGGAAAACUGUUAGUGGUACCAACAGGGAAUCCAUCUCCUGACAGGAUGGCAGUGAUUUUGCAACUGUGCCAACUAUGCUUACACAGAAAAAAAACUGCCAGCAAAAUAACAGCAUAAAUUGCUACUGCUUGCAAAGCUACAACAGCAGAGUAAUGUAAAGGAAACUAAUUGUAUACAGUCCUCUUGACUAGGCAGCCUGCUGAAUAAUAAACCUUCCCAAAGCCAGCAAGGCAUAGUCAUGCAAUAGCUGAUGAUUUUCUUUGUGCAUGCCUUGGUAUGUUGUGUGCACUGCAUAUGUUUAUAUUUAUACAAAUGUUGCUGCCGAACAGAAGCCUGCUGUAAGCACCCAUAUUUUGGGUAUGCCCGUAUGUGUGUUUGUGUGUGUCUGUGUAUUUGUGUGCAUGCACACAUGUGUAUGUAUAUAUGUCUGUGUGUACGAGAAGCAGAUGCACUGUAGGCAGAUAAAGCAGAUAAAUAUAGAUUCAGAUAGAAGCAAAAGCCUAUAAAUAUAGACACUAUAUAGAGUGAAAGCAGGCAGAUCAGCACAGUUUCGCUAUUACUUGCCUUCUGUGUAAUAAAAGAGUAGCUGACACUGACUAAGGGGAUGACACUGUUGGCUCUCAGCAAACAAAGUAAAAAGGUAAGAAAACUUCCUUCCAGUAUGAGCAGCAAUUUUGACAGAAGAUUUACUAUAUCUAAGAAUUUGUUUAAUACAAGUCAGUGUGUAGUUGCUUCUGAAGUCAAGGCAUAGCAUUUGCAAUUUUGCCUUAAAAUAAGUGUGUAAAAUAAAAAUCCUGACCCACAGUCUGAAAAAGUGCUACCUCUAGUUUCUAUUUUAAUUUUAAUUUGCAAUAAGCGUCACACACCGUGCUUGUCAACUUUCUGCUUCUGCUGUACAACCAGUCUUCUUCGGUUCAGGUCCUACAGUCUCUCCAGAUGAACUUGGGUGGUAGAGUAUUGAGGAAAGCAUUUAAGUGCAAAAUUAACUUUCAGCAAUAGUGUUGAGUGUGUCCACAUAUAUGUGUGUCUAAGCCUUCUGUUUGUAAGUCUCUGAUGCCUGUUUUAACAUCUUUCUCUCUCUUAGGCUAAUCCAUAGCUGUAAUAUAGGUAGUUAAAAUCAGAAAAAUUUUUACUAGAGAUAAAGAAAACUUCACAGCUAUUCAGAGGAUGAAAAUUCAGUUUUUUCUUAUUCUGUAGCUCUUUGAUGAGGUUGUUCAGAUAAAUCAAGGUUGAUGGAAAAUGCCUGAAACUUGUCAAUGCUGUAUUUUAUUUUUCUCUGUAUAAUACAGGUAGUAUUGAGGAGUUUGCAGCAAGAGGCUGGCAGCUGCAAGUUUGGCCUUCUAUUUCCAGCUUGACCACUUGCUUAGAGUGAGAACUUGCACAAGAUAGUUAGAAUCUAUGAACUUAUUUUCCCAUUUGUGAGUAGAAUUAAUAGUAAAUGUGUCACAGAGUUGGGUAAUUGAAUAAUGCCUUUUUUGGUUAAUUGGUGUCAUGAUUCCACUGGAACUGCUCACAGGAUGUUGAUAAGAGUCUGUCUUUUUGUACAAAGUGCUCUGACAGUCCUGAGUGAAAAUGAAGGGAUAAAAAUAGGAAAUACUGCUGACGAUGUUUUGUGUUGUGUUACAAACAAUUUACUUGUUCUUAAUUUAUUUGUGUUCAAAAUAAAUUUAGUUUAUAUCCUUAUUUAUCAUUAAUUUUAUUAAUUUAUUUGUGUUCAAAAUAAACUGAUUGGCUGAUGAGUAUUUUGAGAAACUUGCAGCAAAGUUCCUCAGUAUUCUGAGGAACUUGCAGCAAAGCAGAGGGAAGGCAGACACCAGCAUGUGUAUAUUCAAAUUUGGACGAGCCAUACUUAGUAUGACAAAACAGAACCAAAGACAGAAAAUUAAAAUGUCAAGUGGUGAAAGACUUACUGUGGUAUUUAGCUCAUGUAAUGCAGGUUUUCCUGAAGUAUCUAGUUUAAAAUAAUUUUUCUCUGCAGAUAAAAAAAAGAAAAGGCAGCUCAGAAUAUCUGGGUUUUGCUCCUGAAAUUAUUACUUGUUUUGGUGCAAGCCAUUUUCUGCUCAGCUUUCUUAUUUUGAUACCUGAAAAUUAUCUCUUCUGGGUAUAUUUUAACAAACUCAGUUUACACCACAGUUUCCUCUCAUCUAUGUGCUUCUUGAAAAUUGGAUUUUCGAGCUAUAUGAAGUGUCCUGUGAAAGUGCCUGUUUUUACUGUAUCUGUUGAGAUACUUGAAUCAAACUCAAAGAGCAGUUUGAAGUCAUGUGUAUAUGAUCAAUGAGAAGCUGUGGGAAAUGCCUAACUGAUACAGGCACUUUCUCUUGUCCCUGAGCUAGUGAUAAAGCUUCAUGAAACAAGGAGCUGAAGCCUUGGUUCAGGUGCUGCAGCUCGUGGUGGCUUUGGCAGCAGCAGCUCUCAGCUCUGCGCACAGCACUUACACCUCUCAGUGCCCUCUGCACUUCAGGGACGCCUCAGGUGUGUGAUCUAUGCAUUGUCUGAAUAUGCUUGAGUUAUUCAGGCUCCCUCAGGAUAAAACCUGUGUGUUUUAGGAAUGGUGAAGGUGAAUUAGUGUGAUAAAUUACAGUACUUCAAAAAUUAACUGGCCUAUCCUGUAAAUUCUUCUGAAUCCCUCCUAGUAUUUUCCUCUGUCUGCUGCACAGUAUAACAGUCACACUUGCCUCAAAACAAGAUAUUGCUUUUAGGGAGCAAAACAGAUACUAAGGUUUGUUGGAUGAGAAUUAUACUGAUCCAACAAUUACUUUAGAAAUUUGCUCUUUUCAAAAUCUCACAGGGAAUAUCUGGAAGGAAAGUUAUGCAAUCCCAGAAAGCAUUUACAGUGAAAUCUGAAUUUUGUUUUCUGCUUCCUCUUCCUAAUUCUGAUAAAUUAGUAAUUACUUACCAGAUUAAAUUAUAACAUUAGAUUCCGUUUGCAGCAGGGGAAAUAUAAGUUUAAAUAAAAAAAUUACUCUUGAUCUAAAACCCCACAUGUGCUGAUUUCAGUCUGGAUCAGAUCUUUGCAGCUGAGUUAUAAUCUUGAAAACUGAUGUUUAUUAUGGAAACACUGACAUAACCUCUAUUCUUUUGGUUCUGGCAGACAUGGCAAAACUAUCCAGAGACCAUUUUUUCUGAAUUAUUUUCUAGUCUCCUUGGACUUUACUUUCUGAGUCUUUGCCAAUUUUACUGCCAUUCAUGUCAACUAAAACCCUCUUGGAAAUAUAUCAGUCUGUAGGAACCAUUAGGAAAUAACACCAUUACACAUGUUUAAUAAGUUAGCUGAGGGGUGGGGAAAUUUUAGCAACUUCUGCUGUGUCAUGGUCAUUCCAAAACAGCGAGUCCAAAAGGUUCAUGUGAAAGAGAAGUUGGUCGGAGAAAAGUAAAGGUAAAUUGCCAAGAAAAGCAUUCUUGUUUUGAAUUACUUUUGUUGCAAGUAAAGUCAUGUUGCACAAGGUCUGCAAAGGUUUAUUGAUUCUUUAACUAGCAGGAACAGUUGGCAAGCAUCCCUUGUAUAUUUUGGUUUUGUCUCUAUCAUUUUAAUAUAUUUUUAUUAUUCAAUUUGCCAUUAAAAGCCCAUGGCAACCCAGCACUGGGCUUAUGUCCUCCUACAGUCAUUAAAAAGACAGAAUCUGUUUUGAGAAACAUUAAGCUUACAUACAAAGUCGUGAAAUCCUAGAGUAAUAACUUGUUUAUAACCUUAGUUUCUCCCUUAUGAUAGUCUUUAAUAAGAAGUCACAUUGUUUUUCUGCAAAUACAGAGCUAUAGUAUCUUUGACACAUGCAAAAGGCAUCUGCUAUUAAUGUGUUUCACGAAUCAAAACUCAAAAAAUCUAUCCAAACCAGCUGUCUAACAUAGUGAAAAAUAAUAUUACUUUGUAGCUAUGUUCUCUUGUUGAGAGAGAAUUUACUGGAGACAUUAAAGAAUGUAAUAUACAAUUAGAUACAAAUACAAGGUUUUUUAGCAUCCACAUGGACGUUCAUUUAGGAUUUUUUGACCUGAAUGCGUAUCCAAGAUGGUACUCAUAAAAGGUCUGGUAGAAUUUUGUAGGUGUGUGUAAUUUUAAAAGUUGAAGUGUUUUCAUCAGAGUAGAAACUUUUUCUUGAAAGAAAUCUAGCCAGUAUUGACUUUUAUGAGUCCAUUCAUAUUUUCUGUUGUUUUCUAUGCUUUUUCUAUAAAUAAUUUCAGCUCUCUCUUUUUUCCCUUUCCCUUAAAUAGCUGGAUUUUUUUUCUCAUUCUGUAUGUGCAAAACAGAUGAACUUUUGUUUAUUCAAGUUUUCGUGAAAUUUAAGAUUAGGUAAACAUUAGGAGCAGAAAAUUUGUGUAGUGAAGUUUCCAACAUUUUUGAGUGGUUGAAGGGAAGUGGGGUAUAAUGGAAACUUUAUUCAGCUUCUCUUGAUAGCCCCCAAGAACAGAAUAUAUCAGCUCUGAACUCCCUUAUUUGUAUCCUCAUAUUUUUAGGUUAAUCAGAUCUCUGUUUGAACCUGAUCUGUAGAGUCCACAGCUAGUUGCUUAGAAUCUGACAUGCUAAGAAGGUCUUAAAAAUAGGUGUACUCUGGACAAUGAUAAAGCAAGCACAGCAGCGUUGGAACUGCUCUUACCAAUAUCUGAGCUUGGCUCCCCUUAGCUGUUAUUUCUUGAAUCUCUUUCUUUAUCUAUUUUGUAUAACAUCCAGUAAAGCAUUUUGUGCUUGUAAGAUGCAUCCCAUAAGAUGAGGAUAUACUAAACAUCAAGACUACGUGUGUAAAUGGUGCUGAAAAUAAUGUUCUUUUUCACAGGCAGUUCUUGGCAGAAGAGAGCAGGCUUUCAUUGUUUAAUGUGCCAGUCCUCUGGUACAGUCUUCAUGAAAUACUCACUUUGCAUAGCAUCACUCAAAGUUUGCUUGUGGAGCAUCAUUUCUAGUGGCUGCAUGACAGGGAAGUAGAGUUUGCCUUCUGGGUCUCAUUUCUUUCCCCCAGCAUUCCCCUGGUAAGCAAAGGAAAUAUGCCUGAGCAAGUUUUGAGUUGGCCCCAUCUGUAUUAGUAAGUGCUUCAUUCAGCUUGCAUGACUAGGUGCCAUUUAAUGAAGACCUUAUUCUUUUCCUUUAAGGGUCAGUUUCAUUUUAAGACAAAUCAGACUAGUUAGACUGCACAUGACUUUUUGUGUAAAACGUUUCUGGGUAAUUUCAAUGCAAUUCCAGUUAUGUGCAAACAAAAUGAAUAAGCAUGUGCAAGACAGUGAAUGAAUGUUUUCCUUUCCUAGCAGCCUGACAGAGAUCCUGACUGCAUGCUGGCUGAUAGUACCACGUUAGUAGAUGUGGACCUGGGUAAAAGAAAAAAAAAUAAACAGAAUAGUCAGAAACAUUGCAUAUCUGUGUAAUUCCCUUAAAAUAGGGUUUGUCUGUCUUAUAACAUGGAGGUUUUGUUUGCUCACUGUGCUAUUUUAGGACCUGUAAAAACGUCUGAUGUCAGAUCUGUGAAGAAAAAACAUGUAGCCUAUUAAACACAUUCUGAGGAAAAUAAUACGGGGAAUGUGUGUUUUCCUGUAAAGAUAAUGCAAAAGCAGUUUUAAGAGCAUUGAUACUUGAUUUUUUUUAUUAUUUUAUAUUUUUUUUCUUAAUCAGCACACUCAGUUUCAUUUCUGGUACGAGGCUCAGUGCCUGCUGUGGUUUGUAAUAAACUUCUUUUUAGUCUUCAAGCUUUCAGCAUCCUUUAAAGUAUAUUAACAUGCUUUGAAAUCCCACUGACUUCAUUAGAGAAAUUCCCCACCCAAUAAAUAAAUGGAUGCCCAGGAAUCCAGUGUUGUGCCAGCCUGGUGGUGGUCCCUUGCUUUGUAGGACCUAGUGUGAAGUAGGAGCAGGCAGAAUCUGCCCAGCCAUGUCUCACCUUGGAGGCAAAGGAUUCAGCCAUGUGAUGGACAUUCACUGGUGUGAAUGACACAAUUCCCCCUACUGACUCAAAAUUAUCCUCAUUAAUGAGCUAGAGGCAUGUCUGUCUAAACUGAUGACUCCAAGUGUGUGAAAAAGAGAGAACAACAUGAGUAUUUUGGCGGGCUUAAUAAGAUAACAAAAUAGGUUGAACUUCCCUUGUUUCCAGUCUCUAACUCUCAUAUUUCCUGUCUCCCAAACAUCUCAAAAAAUCCAAGGCUUUGUAUUGCAUACUAUGCAUAGUGUCUAUGAUUUCUGUGCUCCUGAAAGACUAAAGGAAGUCCUAAAGAAAUUAGUAAAAGGUUCAUGUAUAGUAUUACUUAAAAAAAGAAUUCUGUUUGUAAGCUUAAUGGACCUUCAUGGUCAGUGAGAGCUUUCUAGGCAUCUUUAUACCUGGCACAAGUGUCACAAUGGCAUUAAUUGGUAGGGUUUUGUAGUUUCUAAUAGGAUUUGGGCAUGUGUGUGUGGGAGGGAAACCUUACUUUCGGACAGAGGGGUUUUUGGGGUUUGUUAAGCAUCCGUUCUUCUACGAAAGAGCAUGAAAACAAAAAGGUUGGGAAAAUUGCAUUUAGUUCAGAAAGGCACAGUUCUGUUUUUACAUGCUUGGCUUCCCUCUCUCCCUGGCACAUUCCUUAAAUACACAUCCAUGUCGCCUCUGUGCACUGCUUUGCUUGUGUCUUGCUGCUCAGUGUGAGGAGUAGUGUAAAUCAAUAGUAAAUGCUCGCCGCCUACUCCGUGCUGGGUUACGCAAUAGCUCAUACCGCGUACACAGAGACAAAAAGGGAAAAAGCACACACAGGCUUUACAUUCAAAAGCUCUUGCAUAAUUUUGCUUUUCUACAGCCAAAGAGAGAAAAAAAAAAAAAAAAAAGGGAAAUAACAGAUGGGGAGACUUGCAGGGUUUUUUUUUUCCCUUUUCUCAGACUGUACAGAGGCGAGCUUGUUUAACAUCCAUGGUCAUUUCUAAUGGCCCCGUGCUGCAGAUAAGUAAGGCAGGCUUGCUUAUGCUUGAAAAUAACACUUUUUUCCAGCUUCCAUGAUGUGGUGCACUUCUCAGAAUGUUGGAAUUUUUGGACUGUGCAUCUGUUUAGGCACGUGGAGAAAGACAAGACUGAGAUCCUCAGUAGUUGGCAGUUUUCCUCAACUUUGUGAGAGAGAGAGAGAUUGUGUUGGAAUGAAACCUUGCUCUGCGUACAGCCUGCUUGAGAUGCAGCAUUGAAAGAUCACUCACAGUCAGUUUGUGGCCUUUCUCUGGACAAACCUUUCCUUUCUCUUGUACACAGCCUCUCUCUGUUCCCUGCCCCAAUGAACGUCUGCACUAGGUCCAAGGCUUGGAGUAAUUUACCUGAAGAGUGAUACCAUUUGGAAACCACUGAAGAAACCCAAGACAGCUGAAAACCAGAAGGCAUCUGAGGAGAAUGAGAUUACUCAGACGGGUGCAUGCAGCGCCAAGCCAGGCCUUCCCUGCCUGAACCUUGAAGCUGUUCCUUCUCGGAGCCCAGCCCUCAUCCACUCUCCACAUUCACCAACAAACCUGCACGCACACACAGGGUCAUCUGAUUGUAACAUCAGUUGCAAGGGGAUGACAGAGCGCAUUCAUAGCAUCAACCUUCACAACUUCAGCAAUUCUGUGCUCGAGACCCUCAACGAGCAGCGCAACCGUGGCCACUUCUGUGACGUGACGGUCCGCAUCCACGGGAGCAUGCUGCGUGCCCACCGCUGCGUGCUGGCAGCUGGCAGCCCCUUCUUCCAGGACAAGCUGCUGCUGGGCUACAGUGACAUCGAGAUCCCCUCAGUGGUGUCGGUCCAGUCUGUGCAAAAGCUCAUUGACUUCAUGUACAGUGGGGUGCUGCGGGUCUCCCAGUCAGAGGCCCUCCAAAUCCUCACAGCUGCCAGUAUCCUGCAGAUCAAGACUGUGAUUGAUGAGUGCACAAGGAUUGUCUCACAAAAUGUGGGAGAUGUCUACCCAGUGAUUCAGGAUUCUGGCCAAGAGACACCCAGGGGAACACCUGAAUCAGGCACCUCGGGGCAGAGCACUGACACAGAGUCUGGCUACCUGCAGAGCCAUUCACAGCACAGUGUGGACAGGAUCUAUUCAGCCCUCUAUGCCUGUUCCAUGCAAAAUGGCAGUGGGGAGCGCUCCUUUUACAGUGGAGCCGUGGUCAGCCACCAUGAGACAGCCCUGGGACUCCCCAGGGACCAUCACAUAGAAGACCCCAGCUGGAUUACCCGGAUCCAUGAACGGUCGCAGCAGAUGGAGCGGUACCUCUCCACCACUCCAGAGACCACACACUGCCGGAAGCAGCCCCGCCCUGUCCGAAUUCAAACCCUGAUGGGCAAUAUCCAUAUUAAACAGGAGAUGGAGGAUGACUAUGACUACUACGGCCAACAGAGGGUGCAGAUCCUUGAGCGCAAUGAAUCUGAGGAAUGCACUGAGGACACUGACCAAGCAGAAGGCACUGAGAGCGAGCCCAAAGGGGAGAGUUUUGACUCGGGUGUCAGUUCCUCCAUUGGCACUGAGCCUGAUUCCAUGGAGCAGCAGUUUAUGGCUGGUCUGGGCCGGGAUGGGCAGCAAGAACCUACUCCAGCAGAUCAAAAUGAUGUCCCUGCUGAUGGCACUCAGCCACAGCAGCAGCAGCAACAACAUGUAGAUGCCAACUCUUCCUCACCAGAGAGAAGCAAUGACGUUGAAAUGGACAGCAAAGUGCUCACAGUCAAUAACAGCACCGAAAAGGGGGCUUUGCAGCCUUCUGUCAACACAUCUGUUGCCCAACCAUUGCCAACCACACAGAUCUACUUACGCCAGACAGAAACCCUCACCAGCAAUCUGAGGAUGCCACUGACUCUGACCAGCAACACUCAGGUCAUUGGCACGGCUGGCAACACCUACCUGCCUGCCCUUUUUACCACGCAGUCUGCUGGCAGUGGCCCUAAGCCUUUUCUCUUCAGCCUGCCCCAGCCUUUAGCUGGCCAACAGACACAGUUUGUGACGGUGUCCCAGCCUGGCCUGUCAACCUUUACUGCCCAGCUGCCAGCCCCACAGCCCUUGGCCCCAUCUGCAGGCCACAGCACAGCGGGUGGGCAAGGCGAAAAAAAGCCUUACGAGUGCACUCUCUGUAACAAGACUUUCACCGCCAAACAGAACUACGUCAAGCACAUGUUUGUACACACAGGUGAGAAACCACACCAAUGCAGCAUCUGUUGGCGCUCCUUCUCUUUAAAGGAUUACCUAAUCAAACACAUGGUGACACACACUGGUGUGAGAGCCUACCAGUGCAGUAUCUGCAACAAGCGCUUCACCCAGAAGAGCUCCCUUAAUGUGCACAUGCGUCUCCACCGGGGAGAGAAGUCCUACGAGUGCUACAUCUGCAAGAAGAAGUUCUCCCACAAGACCCUGCUAGAGAGGCAUGUGGCUCUGCACAGUGCCACCAACGGCACGCCUGGAGCCGCCGGCACCGGCGCGAGGGCUGUCCCCGCCGGUGUGGUGGCCUGCACGGAGGGGACCACGUACGUCUGCUCUGUCUGUCCAGCUAAGUUUGACCAAAUUGAGCAUUUCAACGACCACAUGAGGAUGCAUGUGUCAGAUGGAUAAGUAGAAUCUCUCUCUCUCUCUUUGUUAUGAACAACAAAAAUAGAAACAACAAAAAAAGCUAUGGCACUAGAAUUUACGAAAUUAUUUUUGUUUCAUUUUUAUCUUUAUUUUCCUCCUUUUUUGGGUUCAUUUCAUUUUGUUGUUUUUUGUACUACAUGAAGAACUGGUUUUUGCCUGCUGGUACAUUACAUUUCCGGAGGCUGGGUGAAUAAUAAUUUUCCCAGCCUCCCUCGGAUGGUGGCCUUAAGGCCAGGUAGUGCUUCAUGAGCUCCACUGGUUGGAUCUCUAGCUACUGGCCUCUAAAUACAACCCUUCUUUACUACAAAAAGCAAACAACAACAACAAAAAAAAACCACAAAAAAAAAAACCAAAAAAAAUUUUAAAAAACAGACAAAAAUAAUAAAAAAAAUCUUUUUUUCUCACUUGUGAAGAGCACUACAAAUAAAGAAACAAAACAAAAUAUAUUACAAAUCUACAAGGCCUACUGUCGUUAUAAGUACACCGCUUGCAGUGUUUCAAUGGACAUGAUUCACAUUGCUGACCGCUUUUGGACUUCACAGUAUCCAGUUAGAACUGUGGAAUAUUUUGCUUCUGGUUGAGCAGCAACCAGAGGAAACAAGGCCCUGCUGGUUUCCGCCACGUGUCUGCUUUCUCACACACACACUCAUCCACAAACACACAAAAAGGGCUGAGGGGAAUGCGAGGCAGUGUGGCUUGGAUAGUGUGGAGUCCCUGUAGGGUGAGGUGAAAGAAUCAGAGGUUCCUCACCUGGAUUCUGCUCCAUCCCUCGCUGUCUGGCGCACCCUCCCCGCUGCUUUUCUUGUACCACCACCACUUUAUAGCAGAAACCAAGAAGAUUCAGACAACGAGCAA